CCUCCUCCUCCUCCUCCUCCUCCUUCCCCUCCUCGGAGUUUGUGUAGCUCGUUGCAGUAGGAGGGUCCAUGUGCACAGAAUGACGUCGCUCUGACUUCGUCCUAACGACUCCUUCGUUUGUUUUUAAUACUCUUUUUAUCCGGGGCCCUGAAUCGGUAAUCUGCAAAAUUGCGGCCAUAAUGUGAGAUGAUCUGCGGCUGUCGUCCGACCCGUCGCUGUGGUUCGUCCUGUCAGGAGCGGCGGCUCGCUUUGGAGGAUUAAUACGCAGUUCUCCACUGUGUCUAGCUGUCAAACUGAAAACUAUGUAUUGGGAAGAGUAGACGCAACACAUUUGUUGAUAUUUAUUGACUUUGCUUUGCUUUUCUUUUUUUGCCCUCUGGAUUAUUUCGCUGCCCAGCAACACGGCCACCUGACAACUCUGAAUGUCGUAAUUAAGGUAAGGAGAGGACGGAGCUCGCUGUUUGACUACUGCACAUUUUUUAAUUUCGCGCUGGCUCUGGGAUCAGAAUCAAAGCAAACUCCUCACUCUUCGCUCGGAUAGAACCGAACACAAGCUUGCAUCCGCAGUCCAUUUGCUGAGAAGGGAGAGAAAUAAAAUAACUUUCAACCGGGACCGUUCGCCCCUUGUCACAUUUCAUAAAAGUCGCCAUAAAGUUUACGCACUUUCUCUGCAACAACAGUUUGAUUGAAAUCAUUGGUGGGUUGGUUUCAAAAUCUCUCCACGCACCUGUCAAGAAGUGCUGAUAAGGGGCUUGUGCUGUCAAUUUCUUCCUAAAAUGUCACUUAAAUCGCAUAUAUCGUCUUCCCUCCACUUUACCACCCGUUUUUAAUUCAAAGAUUGGCCGAAAAGACGACUUUAACCCAGUAAAAAUAACUUCAACAGCAACCACAAAAGCAAAAAUCGCCUUUUAGAAUUUAUUCUGCGCAAACGCAAAAUGGAGAGAGAGUUGCACGGUGUUCAGAGGCAGGACAAUCACGGCAGAGGGAAGAGGCUGGAAGUAACAUGCCAAUAUAUAUGUCGUGUUUAAGUUGUGUGUUUAUGAUGAGCGCAGGUCAUUUCGCAUGCAACCUGGACAACUUUAACUCAAAUCUCCAUGCCACUCCAGAGCUGCGAGCGUUUUAAAGAGUGCACCGCAGCGUGUGAAAUGCAUGUGGAGACAUCAUCUACACUUAUACCGUAACAUCGCAACCAGAAAGGUCAAAUUAAAGAUAAUCGACAGUAUUUUUGUUGCUUUUACGCAUGACACUGCCCCUCUGAGUGUUAAAGCAACAUUUCAAGUUAUGUCGCAGCUAUGUUGUGACUGCAAGAGCAAUAACUAUUGAGUGACAGCUCUCCGACCAAUCCGGACACGGCCUGUAAAAGCUGGUGGAUUUCGGGCUGAGCAGUCCAAUAGAAACGGAGCAAGAGGUGGGAAUAUAAACCCUGCCGACGUCACGUUGCUAUGUUAACUCUUGCAGUGCAACUUCCCUCCACUUAUCAGGCUGUACAUCUCAUGUAGUGCAGUGAUAAGAGGCUCUAUCUGUGAGACUACGGAGGGAAAUACUGUACAGACUUGCUUUGGACUUCUUCCAGAUUAAACAUAUUGUUGUCACUGCAUAGCUCAUGUGUUUGAUUUGGCGCUCUGUAGAAGUAGGUCAUUACAGAAUCAAACUUAGGGAAACAGGUAUAAUUUGAUACAGCUCGUCUUCAUCGUUACAGCCCUGUCUCUUUCAUGUGAUCAUUUUUUUUUUGUCUCAGUGAAUAGAACUUACUGUUAGAGUAGGUAAAGUACACAUACAAAGCCAAGUAGACUUUAUUUACACCCUGAAUUCAAGGCUAAUUUGAAUAUUCCUUAAUACAUAAUUUAGUCUCACAUGAGACCUGUAAUCUAAGCCAGAAGGUAAAUAUCCUGAAAGAACCCGCAACUCAACCAGUAUUAUAUAUGCUGCAAAACCUUGAGUAAAUAGACAGCAGCUCUCAUUAUUUUCUUUUCUUUGUCUUAAUAUUCAGGUGAAUCGAUGAGCCAGCAAUGGAGACCAAAAGAUACCAAAGUUUCUUUGAUGGUAGCGACACAGAGAACAAAUGGUCGCAGGUCCCCAGCAGCAUUGAGCACUGCUGCAGCACAGAGGAUUCAGGUCUGACCAGCAGCGAUAUCCUGAUGGACGUAGUUAAUGUGAGCUGCCCUGCUGGAAGCCCGACCACCGACUGCAAAGACAACAACACAAAGAAGCAGGAGCAGCCAAUGCUCCGGCUCAGCCAGAACCAGCUAUUUGUUCUCCCACACUUCAACAACUCCCUCCAUGGUCAUAAGCAGGAAAUGGACUCCAAGGAGCUUUCCAAGACUGUGGCUGAGUCAAUGGGCCUGUAUAUGAAUGCUGCCAGGGAGGCGGACUUUGCCUUUAACCAGCACGGGGGCAGCACCAGCCCCGGGAAGAUGUAUCCAGCGUGCGGACGGCCUCUAGAGGAGACCCAGUGUGGUUCCACAAAGAGCCCCAAGUUAAAGCCAUUUGGUUUCCCGCAGCCAAGCACCACUCCCAGAGACUGCCCCACCGGGACUGCCUCAAUGCUGGCCUCGUCUCUGUCAUGCAGCCCCCAGACCUCCAGCUCCAUCUCUAGCCCCGGCAACAACAUGGUGUCGUCAACCACCAGCCCUCCUUCAUGCUUUGGACCAGUUUGCUCAUCCGUCAAUAGUCCUGUCAGCCAGACGUCUUGUGCUGCAACCCUGGCCAACAUCAAGCGCAGGAAUUCAGCCACAUGUAGCCCUGUAGAGUCCAGCACGGUUGGCUCACCACCACUAACCAGCCCACUUAAUGUCAUGAGGUCGCCUAUGUCCAGUCCUCAGAGCAUGGGCAGUGUGCGAUCACCUCCGUCCUGCAGCGCCACCUGCAACAUCAGGUCAUCGGUCUCAAGUCCAGCAGGUGGCGGCUGCACCAGUACAGCAAACAACUGUAACCCAGUACGGCCAUCCAUUGCCAGUCCGGCCACAGGGGGCACAAUGGCAGUAAGCAGCCCGCAGAACCCCUGCUCUGCUGGGUUUCCUGUGUCCAGCCCUGCUGGCGGGCUCGGUUUGGUGCAGAACGACAUCAACAGCCCUGAAGCAGCAGGUCUGACCAGGGAAACAGACUUCAAGCACUUUGAAUUCCCUAAAGUAGAGAUGGUUGACGGGGAGGUGUUCAAUGUGGGCUUAGACCAGAUGGGCAUGGUUAAGUACAUCAAGAAUGAGCCGGGGACUGACUUCAGGAGCAUGUGUUUGGGCAGCUCCAAAUGUAAUGCGAGUAGCACACCUUUUAUAACACAGAUAAAGAGUGAGCCCAACAGCAAUGAAGGAUGUAUGAAUCAACAGCCGUAUGGCGAACCGUCACCUUCUCUUAGCCUCUUUCCUGCAUCUGAGACCACCUACUUGUCCCUUAGGAAUAACAUUGAUGAGUACAGUCUUUCUGGUAUCUUAGGCCCCCCUGUCGCCUCCAUGAAUGGGACCUAUGAGCCCGAAGUGUUCUCCAACAAUGUCCUGUCCAAGGGGGUUAAGCAGGAGUCCACUGAUGGCAGCUAUUACCAAGAGAACAACAGCAUGCCCACAUCGGCUAUUGUGGGAGUUAAUUCCGGCGGACAUUCAUUCCAUUACCAGAUUGGAGCGCAAGGAACAAUGGCUUUCACACGACAUGAUGUGCGGGACCAGUCCAACGCUUUAUUGAAUCUUAUUUCACCCGUAACAGCGUUAAUGGAGUCAUGGAAAACCCGGCCGGGCAUGUCGCAGGGGUCACUGUCAGGCAGAGGUGAAGGAUACCCGGGUCAGAACUGCCUCACGGACGGCAUGACAAGGUAAGCAGAGUUAAGAUUUCCCUCGAAGUCUCUGAGUGCAUUUCUGUGUUUCUGAAUCAGAUCGCUGGCUUUAAAACUGUUGUACUCCAAGUGCAACAUUAAACUCUGGCUUUACAAAGACAAGCUGUUUUUAUUUUUCCUAAAUAACGUUUCUUUUCUUUCUACCUGUAUAAUGGCUUUUCUAUCUAUGGGAUCAGAUGGAUGGAGGGCGGGUUUGCUAAAGUGAGACUCAUAUUUCACUGGGGAUUUAGGGCGUUUGCUUUGAAUAGUACAAAAAUAAAAACAACAGCAGGGCUUGGGAAAGGCAGCGGGAUGCAGGCCGCAGGAACAGGAAUUAAAGGACAGGGUCCAGAUCAUUGUUAUAGUAGCAUGUGAUCACAACAUCAUCCCUGCUUGUUCUGCACUGUGCUCUACUGUAACACAGAGGCAAAGUUUCCCUCUUAUCACAGUCAUGUGUGUACGUACAACAACAAAAAUUUAUUGGUCUGUUAUCGGAAGACCUUGUGUAAUGCAAAUAUCUGUUUUAUUGGCCCUGAGCCAUUGACAGCAUCAUAAAUUAUGAAUGAUUGAUCACAUACUUUUGUUGCCAAACUGAUGAAAUAAACAGUUGCUUUUUGAGGGUGGGGGCCGAGACCAAACAGACACAUUCAGAAGAAAAAAAAACCAUAAGAGCAGCCAAUCUGGCAAAGUGCAACUUUGACACAGUUGCUUUACCUCCACUGUCCUCUGAUGUCUGUGUUGCAUGUGGAGCUGAGGGAAGUACAUUUUUCUGGAACAGGAUUAAUGACGGUAAAUAUCGAAGGCAUAUGUAGACCCUGAAACAUUUGGUAACAUUGCUGAAAACACAGAAGUAUUUACUGUCACCUAACAGAGAGAGGUCCAGCUGUGUAUUUACAGUCAUUCAGAAGGAACACUUGUGCUGCUGUUUGGGUGUGAUACGGUUUUUCUGACUUAAAAAAGCAUUUGCCAUCUCUUGGUAUCUGUAAAGUACACUUCCAUCACUUUUUAAGCAUAGGAUGUUAUAAAUUUUACGUUUUAUUAACCUUGGUGCAAAAGAGUACUAAAAGAAGUCGUAAACAACUUCCUGUUUAUUUGCAUGGCUGUGAGAAAAGAGCGGUAUUUGGCUGCUGCUGUGGCUGCUGGGAUGUUGAUUUACGUUGCUUCCCCACACUUCACAGUGACUCAAACAUGACAAGUUGAGACUGACUUUGCGCAGUGAUAUUGCACAGAAUCCCAAAGUUGAGAUUUAUUUGAUAAGACGUUUUCCUGAUUAGAUUUGUAAAAAAAUAACCUCACAGGCCCCUCUGAUAUGCUUUUGAUUUUUUAAAAACAUUUUCUAAGAUUGCAGGGAAAAGUUUGGAGGCAGGAGAAAGGUUCAGUAUUAUAUCAUUAAAGCCAUUUCGAGUGAAAGUUAAUUUUUGUGAAAAGAGUUGAAACAUCUAUGCAAACUUCAUCUAAAAACUUUCAAAAAGGAACGUAAGAUAUGUGGCCUAAUUUUCCUUUUAAACAAGAUAGUCAUGAUCAUAUUUUUAUUACAAAUGGAAAACACUUGUAGGAAAUGUAGUGUGUGUCUGAGUUUUUAUUUAUCUCUCCUCAAGGCCUGACCCGGUUAUCUUAUCGCCAGUAUAUCUUCUUUGUUUGACGUGUUUGGUCAGCUUUGUACAUAAAAGAUGCACUCAUCUGGAGAGUAGAUACAGUGUGUGUCUGUGUGUGUGUGUGUGUGUGUGUGUGUGUGCGUGUGCUAUAACAAGGCUUGAAGAGACUGAUACAGCCCUGUUACCUUGGAGGCGACCCAUAUGGCAGGAGCCAAAGCGAUGUUGACGGGAUCACUGCCACCUUGGUCCUAAUGAGAUCCAGCUUAGCCCUAAUGUCAGACAGGAUGACAGUAAGAGGUGGGCCACAUGGCAGCCAGCCAGGCAGGCAGGAAGGAAGACAAACACAAACACACACACAUACAGACUGAAUAAACAUACAAUUAAUACACCUACAUACUUGUGAUACACACUGUAUAAUAGUGUUUGGAAAAAAGUAGGCUCUUUUGAUUUUCUAGAGGUUACUGCCUUCUUCCAGUGUCCUCUUACACCACUUGUAUUGUAUUGAUUGACAGCUAUACUUGGACAUAAACAUGGGCAUAUUGUAUCCCGGCUGAAAUCUGAAAGUGCUCUGCAGGAAAUCUGUGGCACUGUCGAGCUUUGGACCGUCUACACUGCACCCGGGCCCAAUAUUUCAUAGGCAAAAAAUGUUACGUAACCAUUAAAAAGCACAACUAAAACUCUUUGAUCCGCUGAAGCCUUGGAUGACAGAGUGUAAAAUCCCUCGGCUCUUUUUUUCUCACUUUGGUUUCUUCUGUAAAUGGUUUUAAUUAAAAAUGGCUGCUCAUCUGAGCAGUCUGGAUUACUUUGUGCAAAAACGUUUUAACUCAGAUUCGCAAGAGAGGAGGAGGGAGAAAAAUUAGUCAUCCUAGCGCUUAUUGUUGUAUUCAGGAGGUGUUUGAUUUAAACUUGAUGCUUAGACAAACUUGAUGGCCAGAAUGGAGCAUUGUACAUGAUUAGAGUUUUGGGUGCUGUGAAAAUUUGACUUCUACAAGAAAAUCAUUGAUUCUUACGAGGAUUAUGUAAAAAGAUUUUCAUUGUGGUUUGAGUAUCAAAUCAAUAUGCUUUUGUGUAAAAUGAUAUAAAUAUGAAAAACGUUAUAAAAUGACCUACAUUAGUGCUCUGGAUUAUGUUUGCCUAAAUCUCAAAAUCUCUUUUCACCCUAUUUAGGGCGUUUUCAACUAAAUAGAAUUACUCUAAAACUUGUCAGCUCUCUGACCUAAUAAUUGCAUAAUCUGACAAAUGGUACAAGCUGAAAAUAGAAACAGACCAUGCAUUUUUUCAUCUAGAUAAGCUCUCAUUAAAAAUGUUGCCUUUCCUGUAGUUUUGGGAGAAAUGGCACCUCACAGUCUGACCUUUUUCCCUGCAGCCAGUUUCUGCAGAUCCACAGAGUGCCCAUCAUGAGGAAGCUCCAGAUUCGAGCGGGCAGAAUGCUUUGCACUGGACUCUGGCCAACUCUCAAUGUUCUGCAGAGGGAUGAAAAGGCAUACUCCUGAGAGCACACUAAUAAGGCUUUAAUUGUAUGUUCCUCCACUAAAUUAAUGGAUGGAAAUGAUUUGAUUAAUUCAGACACUGCUGGAUACUAAUAUCCAAUUAAAACCCAACACUAGGCAUGCACAGGGGCUCCCAGUGCAUUAUGGGUUCCUGACUAUUAGGCGGGCAGCAGGCUAGUGUUUGAGUUGUAAAAGAGGAUAAUACUAGUAAAGGUGUUGGGGAAUGGUAGUGGAGGGUCAGCUGUGUGUAAAGCAGGAAUAACAAGUGUUUGGUUUUUAUGUAGAGUAUAUUGAACUCAGUUUGCAGUAUGCAAUGACUACGGUUUAGUAGCGCAGUGUUUUUAUCUCUGGCUGGCAUGGUGGUGAACUUUAAGUUGUGCCUUUUAUGAGUUUUCACUCUUUGUGUAGCUUUCCUUGGCCAACAAUGGCGACUUUUAAAAAAACAUGAACACAUUUCUUUAGCUCCCUCUUUUCACUGUUGAGAACUUUUCUAUAAUGUCAAGUGUAGAAAACCUACUGGUAACUAUGACUCAUUUUACCCAUGAUUAAUUUAUAAUUAUCAGUCACCUUUAGCAUGAAAAUCUGUUAAUGUGAUGGUUAAUCUUUCAGUGUUUCACAAAUGUGUUAAAUCCACAGCAUGUCUUCUUGUUACUGAAUAUAUGUGACUGGAAGUACAUUGAUUAAAAAUAAAGCAGCAAGGAGGUUAAGACCUUUCCACACUUAAUGAAUAAAUUGGGUUCAACUGGUUGAGGGUUAAAGUCAUCAUGCGCUUAGUAUAGAACACAUCCCUUCAGCUCCGACUGUAGAAGUGUAACUGCCUUUCAAAAGAAAAUGUGUAUUUAUUUGAUUAUUUCUUGUACAUCCAUAAGUUUGAAAAGAUGUUAUUUUGAUUAACCCAGAGUACUGCUGGUUUGAGAGGACACUGGGUGAGAGGUCAUGCUUUUUAAUGUGAUUAAAUCCCUGAAAGAAAACUGACAGUCCGCUGAAGGAUUCAGGGAAAAGUUGAUCUCAGACAAGAAUAAUUAAAAAUGUAUACUUACAAGGAAGUGCACAAUUUCCUCUUAGUAGUUAGAUGCCCUGCUGUACAACAGUAUAACAAGGCCAAAAUAUAUCUGGUCUACUUGAUUAAAAUACAUGUUCAACAUAGUAUGAUUUCCAGGACUUGCCAUUGAAUUUAAAGAUACAUCACUAUGUAUAAGUAGAUAAGGAGAAAACUACCCGCUUAUGCAAGCUUCAACAAUAAAAAAAUCAUGAAAGGGAUGUUUUUAAUGAUAUACUGAGUAAAAAUCACAUGCUUUGAAAGAAAGCUAAAAUCUUGAAUCAGUCUAGUGCAAGGCUUGUAGGCAGUUUAAACUCGCCUCUCAAUGCAGUGGUCAAGUCACCGCUCAGAGACGAAAACUGGCUUGUUCCCCUGAGCAGAAAUUAGCCAUAAUUUAACAUCCUGCACAAUAAUAAAGUCAGCCAUUGCUAUAGUCACAGCAUUCAAACCUGUGAAUCCCAUUUUAAAUAAAAGUAUGGCCUUGUCUUGAGCACAGAAAGUUCAGUUUUAGCAUGAUGAAAUACUCAAGGACAGACCCUGAGCACCUGAAAUACAGGACUUUCUUCAACCAUUAUCUUUUCUGAGAAAAAGUUAUGCACGCAUGUCAGAAAAAAAGAAGAUUAGCGUCCACUGGAGACAAUAAAAAAUGACUAAAACACCUGAAUGGAAAAGAAAAUAUUAAUACAUAGAUCCCACAAGGAUCCAGUUCACUUGUGUCUUCUGGGCAGCCAGUCACUGGUUGGUGUGGGUGGAUUGCAGGCUUUGCAGAGCUGAAUGCUGAGGCAGUAUUAGUAAGAGAUGGUGAAUUUCUGCUGUCUGCUCUUAAAAUAUCAGAAUUGAUCCUUAAAAAUGAAUACCCAAGGGAAGAUAAAGCUCCCUGUGUGGAGCUUUAGACCUUGGCUGCAAGGUGAAAACCUGGUACUGUAUAGGGAUGGGCCUUGAUGGUGCUUUUUUAUUUAUUCGGUUAAGGGUACAUGCUUCAUUUGUGCAAAGAUUGUGUAAAGAUAGUCGUUGAUCUUGAUUUAACACUGCCAAUAGAAAUUAAUAGACUUGUGUUGGGAUCCAGUACAUCUAAUUUUGGCUUAGUUUGGCUCUCCAGCAAAUUGUUAUUAGAUUACACCAUCCACAUCCUCAAUUUGGUCUCAGAAUCACUGACAGGACUCUCGUCUCAGUGAAUGGCAGGCCCAUUUAACAACUGUGUAAUGAAGAGUUUUUGGCAUGGUCUCAAAUUAGUCAACUGCAAUGAGUCAUUUCCACAAGCAAAGAUGAAACAGAUUUUUUUUUAAAAGUCGUAAAAGGAUGGGCAAACUCAUGUCACGUGUUUUCUGGGACUACACAGAUGUCCCAGAAUUAGGUAAUCAUUUAUAAAUGACUACAGUCAGAGACGAGAAAAUGUGGCUCAAAGGAUCGCCAGAAAUAUAUAAAUCAGUCAGAAUAAAUUCGCCAUAUUUACACAAAAGUGUUUUUACACAGUAUGUGUGCAGCGUCUGUGCUGUAUCUUUGUGCAUACUUGUGGUUUUCAGGUGAUAUGAAAGCUAAUCAUCCUUGUUCCUAAACGUAGAAGGAGACUUAAUCAUAUAUAUAUAUAUAUUUAUUUACCAAACUAAAACCACACUACAAUACCUACAUAGACACAGACAGACAAAGUAAAUGAUUAUAUAUUGGCAGCCAGAAACAUCCAUAUUUACCUCAGUAGGUGGUGGAGACCCAAAAAGAUCUCAAUUUGAUUUUUAAAAAAAAGCAAUUCCAUCUAACAAGGUCACCACAAUAACUUAAUGAGGUGAUAAUAUGAUAGUGAUGUGUUUACUGCUUGUCCCACUGACCAAAAAAUCUAUUUGUGCUUAAGUGCUUCGAGGAAAAUUUCACCGCUCUCAUCAUUUUGGUUUUCUUUUGCAGCUCUGUUAAAUACCACAAAAACUCUGUCAAAUGUCAAAUUCAUUUUCUUUACUACUGAAGGAGCUACAGUAAAACUUCAGCAUAUUUUGAUGCCAUGGUGGUGUGAAUUUUUUUUCAAGCCGUUUACCAAAAAAGAGACAUUUCAUCUGGAUAUCCAACAGUGUUAUCAUAACAGGUUUAGCCACGAGGGCAAAGUGAGAGCCAGUUCUCUUUUCCAGCUUUAUGAAUGGAUGUUUUUUCACCUUGUGCUACUACAGUGUGGGAGUAAAUGCCUGCAGUGGAUGUGAUCUUUUUAAAGGAACCAAGAUGAUACUGUGGCACAAUGAUCGGAAGAAAAAAAAAAAAAAACAUUUAAAGUCUCCUCUCUGCUCCUCCCACGCACAGCCACACAAUCAUACACAUACACACUACACGGUGGCCGCCAACAACAACAACAACAGCAGCACACAUUCUAGGCCGGACUUGACACCCCAAUAAAAAGUGUGGUUACUGCUGGCCGGGGCUUCUGGGAUUUGAAUGCUUGUGUUGUCCUCAUUUGAACUUUCUUCCUGAAGCGCAGUCUGGUGACAGAGGGCCAGAUUUCCACCAGGCCGGUGCUGGAGCUGCAGAUCCACUCGCUACUACCUACUGCUGACUUUCCCUUCUGUUGUUCAGGUCAUUAAAAAAAAAUGGCAUAAAAGGAGGCGGAAACUGAAUACCAGAGCUGCAACAAAGCAGAGUGCACGCUUCAGUUUGCUGAUGAAUGCCCUGAUUUUUACAGCGUGAAAUGCUCUCAUUGAAUGGCAGGCUUUUGUCUACCCACAGCUAUGUUUACCUGCGUGAAAAUAGUCUCAAAGAUCUCUCACAAGUGGUCUUAAAACGGCCUGAGUCAUUGCUUUGUUGGGAGGUUUUUGUAUGGAGGAGAUGCACUGUCACCCAAGAUAAUAUAGCAACAUGCUGGUACCAGUAAUACAAAGUGACUACAAAGAAUGAUGCACAUAUUAAAUCACAAAUUACAGAGAUUAACUGGUAAGAGUCUACAUCGCUUUUGUCAUAAAUUAAGAAGAAGUGUUUGUUGAGCUAAAUGCAGGCAGAUGUCUAAUUCAUCGCUUGGACAUUAUUCAUUCAGAGCUAUAAAAAGUCAAUGAGAUCUAUAUUUUAUUCUUUAGUUGCAAAGAUGAGAGGAGCCAUCUCGGCUCUCCCUGUGAAUUAUUGUCUUCCCCUUGUAUCCUGAUAUACUUGACUGAGCAAACAAGGCAUGUCUUUAUCAUUCAUGUUUAAUUAGAGUUUGCCCGAGUGUUCAUGCCAAAGUGCUUACGUUUAAAACCCAGUGUUUGUCUUGUCAGUUCCUCCAUGAAAAGGAGGAUGCCAUGAAGGAAGACAUUUCAAAAAAUGUUAAUUGUUCAGCCUGAAAGGUCCCCAAAGUAGGUCAUGCAUACUUGGCUCAAAUAUAGUCAAGGGUGUGAGUGUGUGUUGGAAAAAGGGGGGUGGGGGGUGUUAUUCCGGGUUGGUUUACAUAACACUUUUAUUCACUGGCAAACACACAAAACAUGGACACACACGGAUACAGCACACAUCCAGAAACAACUUCACAUCAGCGAGACCCAUGACUUUAUAAAACGCUCUCUUAAAUCAUUCAUAACUUUGUGGAGAACAUUAUUCCGAACAAAAAGGCCCCAGAAUCACAUGUUUAAAAAAUAAAAAACAACUCUUCCUCUUUUAUGUUUGAUUAAAUUAACUUUCAAAGAUUAGUUUUAGGUAAUAGUUUUUUUUCCAGGUUUGUUCUUCCUUUAUGUGCCUAUUUGCUUCUCUGCCUACAGUCCACGGGGUUAAGAUAAUAUUUUUAAUUAUGAACUUAAAUAAAUUAUAGUUUUAUCUAAAUUGGCCACGCUCAAAAUUGCCUCUUGGUUUAGUAGCAUGAGCAGCGCAACAAAUGGCCCUCCAAUAAGGACAUCUCACACACAAUGCAGUUACACAAUGCCUGCAAAGUGAACACAAAGUUUUAUAAUAAACUGUACUUUAUAGAUUAAAUGUCAAGCUUGUACCAGUUGCUAUCUGUGACAUAUAUAUAUAUAUAUAAAUAUGAAGCAGGUUCAGACUGAAAAAUAAGCUGGCUCAAAGUUCAGUUCACACAGAUUAUAAGGAACUGGUUCAUGUUCAAAGUCUAUAAUUGAAAUUUUGAACUAAGUUCUCUGUUGAAAAAAAUGAACCAGUUCACUGUCAUUUACAAGAACCAGUGUUUUGUUGUGUUUCGUGUCAUGCACAACCCGGGUCAGCGUUGUUUGGAGUAUUUCACCAUUUCUCAGAGGGGUCAGUGACAUGCAGUUAGUAAGACAUGUUCCACUGAUGUUUUAGAGGUGGCAGUAAUCCAGCUACUUCAAUUGUCAUUGCUCAUUUUUAACUCAAAAUCAUAAAGAAACUAAACCUAUGAGUUAGAAAAACACUACCCCCAACUGUGACUUAAUAAUUUUAAGUUCCUGUGAGGAACUUUGUGCCCCCUGAGGUCAAAGCAGUCAAGGUUUAUCUUGUCCUCUACAUGAUUGAAUUAUGAAUUUUUAUAAAGGAGAAGAAAAUCUUGCUGACAUUGACUGUAAAAUCAUUUAUCAUUUAUUGUGAAUAUUUAUAAGUAAGUCAAAAAAGGUCAGGGCUGUUUCUACAGCACAUUAGCUGACACCUUCCUGUCACACUGGUUUUUGGUACUAAAAAUUACCAAAUUUUAGGAAUGGUCUGUCUUAUUGCUUCUAUAGUCUUGUUUGUUGUUGGAUAGCAUGAAAAGGCAUCAGAAUAAAUUUUAGUCUAUUGUGUAAACAUAAAAAAUUAUUUAUAAUUAAAUUGUUUAAUCACUUAAUUUCAAACUAAAAUGUAGAAAAGAGAGUAACAGGUUAAAAAAACAAACAAACAAAAAAAACAUCUGAGGUGGAUGUAAAAUGGGAUUUUUUUUUUCCGAGCACACAGGACUUCUGGUGACAGGGUUGAUCAAUUCUAUGAUGUUGUUUUCAUACUUGUGUGCUGCAGCAGGUUAGGUGCCAGGGAAAGUGAUAAACAGUCUACCGCAUAAACAGCUAAUAAUCACAGUGAAUGAUACUUGAAUGUUGAAAGAACUAAGGAGGAAGUUUUAGACAGGCCAAGAUCAGCAAAAAGAUGACACAUACUGACAUGUCCACAGGAGAUGCCAAAUUGACAAACAUGAAAAGUUUCCCACAGAAACUUUAAUGAAUUAAUUGGCUUCAUGGCUUACAGUGUGUGGUUUUUCAAGAUCCUGCUUUUAAUGAGAAACUCUUAUUAUGCUCUUAUGAUUCAUCACGUGCAAAGUAUCAAGUGUGUCACACAGAAUAUUCAGCCCACACAAUAAAAGAAUAACUUUAGACCUUUCACUUCAAAAUUAGACCGGCUGCUUAAUGAUAUGACAAUAUUCCAAUACGCACUAUGCACCUGAUCUAAAAUAGUAUAGCCAAUUUUGAGAAUUGCAUAAACGGUUACGUAAAUGAAACAUUUCAAGGCGUCUCCUCUUUUUCUGCUGUAGGGAAAAAUCGAGAUAGUUACCUUUCUUUGUCAACAAUUAUUUUAAUCCGAUAAUGAUCGACCCAUUCAUAAUGCAGUUUCUCCAGGCGCACAGAUCAUGUAUGUAACGAAGCAGCAGCCCAUGACACACUGACCCAGCAUGUUAAAGGAGGCUUCAAGGAUCAAGUGACAGCUCAGAGAAAGCGAUACUUUGCCACCCUGAACCUGUUUUGAGGGAUCAGGUCUUCACCUCACACUGAAGAGGGGUAAACAUGUUUGUCAGGAAGUGUAAUAUGAUUUCUGUUUUCAGUGAAGGAGAGAAGAAUGGUCAUAAUUGAGGAGAUAUUUAAGGGUCAGCUUUCUUAAACUACACACUCACAUACUUCUUCUCUCUAACCUCAGGUUGUCUAGUCAUGCGGGCAGUUUUUGCUUCCCUUGAGGAGGGUUUUCAGAUAUCUGCCUCAGACUUCCUCCUCCUGUACACUGGGAGUGAGUGAAAUUUUUGUGGUGCUUAAACUGAAUACAACUGAUGUCUAUAUUACUCCAGAUAAUCACUGUGAACGGCGUUUGAAAAUACUUUCCAGCCCCAGAAGAAAACUGUUGGCAGUGUUUCUGGCAGGUUGUUUUGAAUAGAGGUGAACCUCCAUUUUCUUUCAGUAUCAAGGCGGCAGUGGAUACAGACGAUUUGAUUUAUGUUGCACCUACAAACAUUUUUAACCUACAGAUGCAAGAUCUGUCACAGUCUUAGGAUCUUUGGGAAAUUAGGGCUAUUCGAAUCAAGUUUUCAGAAAAUUUCCAUAUUUUUGUCAUUUUUAUGGAGGCCUUUGAAGACAGUCUGUGCUUUAACAAAUUAAACAUUUAAAAAGUCAGUUUAAACUUCAGUUAUCUGCAGCAGGAGUGCAACAGAGGAUCAUUAUUAUCUUAAAUUAAUCUGUCAUUUAUGAGUGGAUUAGUCGUUUGGACUAUAAAUUGUUAGAGAGGCAAAGUAUGUCAGUCUGGGCCGCACAAUAAAUCACAGUUUUAUUGUUAUCUAAACAUGAGUAUCCAAAACACAAACAUUGUGCAAGAGUAGAUUUAUAGCAAUAAACAAGACAAAUUAUUGUAAUGAUAACAGCAUGUUCUCAUUUUUAUUAACCGACGAAGGCUUGAGUAAAACAGUUAUGCUUUCACAAUAUUUAUAUUUGUUUGAAUUGUUAUGUUUAACAAUUCGAACAUUUUGGAAAUAUUAUUAUUAUUAGAUGCAGGAGAAUCUAAAGCAUGUUUCCAACACACCUGUUUAAAACAUGAAGAAAAAUAAAUGAACGCAGAAGUUAAAGUUUCUCAAAAGUUCAUAAUAAUUUCCUAUUUGUCCUGUUUUGACCAUGACAUAUAAGUGUCCUGUUAACUUGUGCUGUGGAGUGAAAAUGCUCAUAUUUGAAAGGCUGGGAUGAGAAUAUGUUGCUUUUUUAAUGAUUAAAAGUUGCUACUAAGAGAUUAUUUUAUCAUCCUGGUUGUUGGUGGAUAAAUAUUGGUUGUUAAGUCAUAAAUGAUGUGAGGUCAAAUAUCAUCUUAAUGAAAAAAUAUUUUUCUAGUUACAUGUAAAUGGACCAAAUCUACAGAAAAAUGUCAUGAAACUUUGUGUCACCAUAGAUCCAGACAGACGUUGAUCUCGAAGGAUAUUUUCUCUAAGUAUUAAAUGGUAAAUGGUGUUUGUUUCUAAUAGUGACUGUGCAUAUAAUCUCCAGGUUGGGAACUUGGCCUAUCCGUAAAAAAAGCUCAAGUUUUAUCUUGAUACAACAGUAUGAUUGCAUCAUCUCAGUCCAGUCCACUGCUCUGUGAAUACCCCGAUCUGGCUGUCUCCCUGUAGAGUUUACUGUACCUGGCACAAGCACACAUUCCCCUGUUCACUUUCUGCUUUUUGUUCCUCUGCCUUCCUCCUGAUUUGGCUGCUUCUGCUCGGUUCUCUCUGCUCUCGAAAAGAGACAGUCUGGAGCGUUUUUAUUUUUUUUUAAGGUUCCGACUGUUAAGCAGUAACGCUCUCUUUUAUUCACAACCUUGCUUGGCUGCUGGACCUUGAAGAAAGUGAAAGAAUCUGAAGCAACUGCAUACCAUGAUGCUGAGCCAUUAGAAAAGCCGAGCACUUUGAACUCUUACGUACUUUGAUUAAUCCAUCAUUUCUCAAACUAUGUUCGCACAUCGGCUGCUUUGUUGUUGUGAUUUUGUGUUAUUAUAGAGACUUAAAGAUAAUGAAAGACUGACGGUAGUUAAGAGAGAUGUAGGUCAUGGUUCAGGUUUAUCCAGUUAAUUCCCGGUUUGCGGUGCCAUCAUUCCCCCUUAUCGUUCAAUUAUCUGUUUUUCACCCAACAUAAGAGUCAAAGAGGUCAUGUAAGGUUGUUAUACAACAGAUCCUGACCUUACUUCUUCAGUGCUUGUAUCUUUAUCUUACACUUCACAACUUUACCUUGAGUUUUUUUUUUUUUUUUUUCAACAAUUCAAUACUCUCAGGUCAAUUUACACUGAAGGAGAAAGUCCCAGAAUUUUCUUCUCUGGCCCAAAUAAAAAGAAAUUAUUGCCACACUGAGGUAAAAAUGAAAAAAAAAAAAAAAUGAACGUCAAUAAUGCUUAAACAGUUCACGAUUAUUACAGCUGGUCUUUUUUUUUUUUUCUAUCACAGCAUAUUUUGUCAAUUCACUUCAAUAAAUCCAUUUGCUGUAGUUUAUGGAAACACAAAUAGCAAUUUCUGUAUUUAAUAGAUUUUAUUAUAAACUUAAUACCAGCAUGUUCUUGCCAACUUAGACUGCUAAAGCCUCACAUUAGUUUGUGGGAAUUCAAGUAUGCAGCUUUUAACCAAGCAAAGUUUAAGGAUUUUGUGCCCAAUCUCUUAUAUGCCUCACUACCAAAAGAAAGUGAUUUGAAAUCCUUAUAUUUUAGCAUUAUUUUUGUAAAUCUUUAGAGGAAUAAAUCCCCACAUUUAGAGGGACAUCUGUUUAAAACUUACUAAAGCAAAUGAGCUUCUUCUACGAACACUUGUGGCAUCCUGAGCGAUAUAGUUUCCAUGCUAUUACUAAUCUUAGCUUUUUUAUUGUUGUUUAAUGCAUUAUGUUAGGAAUGUUCACACAUUACUUUUUAUUUAAUCACAUUUCUUCUCCGUUAAGGCCACUGCACUCCUUACAAAAGUUGUGUUGUUUGCUCUCGCUGACCUAGAUUCUGGUUUUAAAAAAUACCUGAACUGACGUUGAUGGAGGACACCUCAAUGGACACGUGCCAAUAACAGUGACGAGGCGUCACUAGGGAUUACGGUGCUUAUCAAGGACACCACCAUCAUUACUGAAUCAUUCUACUGUACAUCCACCCUGAUAUUUAUUGUACUCCUGACUCUGGAGGGGAAACAUCUGGUUUGUUGCUGUGCUAGCUUGCAGGCAGCUCUGCCAGCUGUGAGAGUAUCCGCAGAGUUAAACAAUCCUUUCCUCUCAUUGCUGUUUUAUUAGUAUUUUUAUUUUUUUUAGCAGGAAACAAGUCUGAUUCUUUUAGUGUUUUAAUGUUUUUAUGUACAGGAGUUCAAUUCCUUGUACAUUUCAUUGUAUUCACUGAGUAACAUGCUAGCAUGUGAUGUUAGCAUGUCACCAGCUAACUUUGCUGAAAUGACUGUGAGCUAGCCUGCUUUAAAAUUUCUUUCUUAUAGCUUACAUUACUUUAAUCUAUGAAUUUUUGACUUAAAUAUCAAAUGGUCUCACAAACUUAGUACGACAAUUGAGACAGUUGUUGAUAGCUAAGGUUAGCUACUGGUCCACUGCAGCCAAUGAGUUACCAUGAUUGAUCUUGAAAUAUAGCCUGACUUUUCCCCCAUCGAUUGUCUUCUUGUAGAUAAUGAAGGGGUUAAAUGAUAGCAUUUUACAGAUCCUGGUGUUUUUGUGAAUUCAAACCUAAAACAAAGCUUUAGGACCUUUUUUGAGCUCCCUGCCACUAUCCCAAGGAAAUGGAUUCUGUGAGACUUUGGGAAAGAGCUUUAUCUGCUUUGAGAAGCUUAAUUGGCGAUCUUAGAAAACCUCUACAUUAAGUCUGUGUUUAAAAAUUUAAAAAACCCCAAAAACAAACGUAUUGUAACAGGUGUGAUUUUGAGAGGAGAAACAGACUCCUGCCUCGGGUUUCUUUUGGGUUGCUGCUGGAGGAGGAUGUUAUCCUGCUUGUUGUAAGCGUAGCUGACAUGGCUUCAGUUCUUUCUUCAUUCCAGUAUGAUUACACCCACUCACUCUAGUGCCAGUGACACGUGUGCCUUGUGGUAUUUCAGUCUCACCAGGGGAAGCUUCUUAUUCAGGUGUGAUGCUGAUACCGCUCCAACAGCUUUUAGGAUUGCCUGUUUGACGGGUUGAGCUCAUUGGUUGACUGUCACAGUCUAAUUGGAGCGCCAUCAAACUUGUGAAUGCCUGAACAACAUCAACAUGGGAGGGGAGAGUCAAGCAUAUAAGCGAAGUGAUGACCUACUUAUGCAUAUGACCUACCGUUUAUCAGAUUUAAUCAGCUGAGUGAUUUAGAAACAGUAAAUGAGAUUAUCAUCCAGGUAUCAAGGGUCAAGGAAAUCAAGGAUAUACCAGUCACUGCAAGUUUAACACCAGUAACAUUCAACUCGACACACUGUUGCAUUUAAUUGUUAAAUUGCUUCAUAAUUGUGAUUGUAUUCAGUAUAGAGAGGCUAUUCAGUAUAUCUCCUUUUGUUUCCUUCACAACCGGUGGAAAGUAUUCAGUGGUUUAUACUACACAUUUAUUUGCUAUAUGAACUUUCUUGUCAGUAAUGUAAGUGAUAAUUUGAAAAAUAUCUCAUUAAAAAUGGAAGUCUCCCCCUCAAAGUAGUUCCUCUAAAGUCACAAACUUUACUGUAACUCCAAGUUAUUUUUAUUUGGAGUGUCAUAGGUAUCUGGGACAUCAUGUACAAAAUGCAGCAAAGUACAUGAACCCAUAACUGCAGGUUAAAAGUUGCAACUAGCAACUCUUCGAUUUUUAUCAUAAAUGUACAAAAAUACUUUUUUUUCAGUUGCAGUAUUUGGAUUGUUGUUUUUACCUUAUUCUCAGUUCAAUAUAGGAUCUAAGUAAUAUGUAAACCAUCAAAGUCUGUUAUGAUGAACUUGUUGAAUAUUGUCCCAACUUCUUUGGAACUUGGGUUAUUUAUAGUUGUAGCAAUAUUUGUUGAAAAUGAAACACAGAGCCACACCGAUCAUUACUUGCCCUUACAGACAGCUAUGACUAAUCUACCACAUGUUCACUCAUUUUCACUGUCAGAUUAUAUUAAGCUUAAAAAAAAGAUGUAGAGAAAUUCUGUAGCUUAUCUCCUCUGUCCCGGGCAUUUUUCUAUUUAUUUAUUACAAUUGAUUUGUAAUUGCCCUCUAAAUUAAAUGUAAUAAAUUAGCAUUUGUGAUUCACUUCCAGCACUAAGAUAAGAUCAUAAUCAGUGGUGGCGCCAGAGUUUUCUGAUCACGUUGGACAAACUAGGGCAGGGUCAUAAGAAGGAGUGGCCAGGCUGUCACUAUCUUUUAUAUGAUUGUCAACUUUUUACUGCACCUCAACCAAGUGGCAAUCUUUAAAUCUGAGGGACUUAAAGCUAUUUAAGGACUCACCAAGAGGAUGUUCGGCCAAAGUCCUCAUUUAAUGUACCGACAAAAGAAAAUAUUCCAUGUUACAGUCUGUUAAUAAAGAAACCUAAAUAUUACUGUUGAGUCCUACAAGGCCAACAGCCAAUCAUAGUUUGGGAUUUCAAGGUGGCUACAGGAAUGUCCAGUCCUGGCAACCUCCUGGCCCCAACCACUGAUUGUAAUUUCUGCGUUAAUAUCUCUCUAUUUCUUUGUUCACUCCUGUGGGGUUUCAGUGUGCAAUCUUAUACCCUUAUGUGGCCGUUCGAGGAACAUUUUCCCUCUGUUAAUUAAACAACCUGCCAGAGCUUCAAACCUGCAAGGACAUAAUUCUUUUUAUCAAUUUAAGAACACAAGUGUGAACGAUUCUGCAGUUUAGGAACUCAAGAAUCUACCUAAGACUUAUCUGAGGAACAUUUUUAAGGUUCUAAUUUUAAAAAAUUUUCAAAGAUUUGGGUAAAUGAGACACACUGUUGUCUCAAGUUUUGGAGCUGACUGGACAAAUAGUUGUGGACAUUAACCAUGUAUGAAAGAUUGUUCUACACUCAGAAGGCGUAAAAUGUAAAACAUGAUAUAUAACAGUAUUUAUUUGGAAAACGCAGCUGAAUAAAGCUUACUUCUCAUCAUGCCAAACCAAGGAUUAACUUGUACCUAGAUCCUUAUAAUUUGAAGCCAGAAAUCACACGACUUUAAUUGACAAAUUGGGAGCAGGAACGGGUUGGUUACUACCCCAUUUGGGGAUUUUUUUCCUCUCAACGGAAGACCAGGUGUCUCAGUCUGAAAAUAACUCUCAGAUCAGAUACAGGUCCCAUGUUAUUCAGUUUUAUUCUCUUGGUUUUUGCAUUAGCUUCCAUCUGUGGGCUGUAUUCGACAGGCUCCACUGAAGGCAUGUUGUAUUUUUCUCUGUUAACAAAGCAGCAUGCUCAUUUCAUGCAAUAUGAAUAAAGGGCCAAACACUCACAAGUGUUUCGAGAGGUGAUUUCCCCUCAGUGAUUACACUGGAGAGGUGCCAGAAACUGAACAGGGGGAAAAUUACCAUACUGUAGAGAGAGAGAGCGACAAAACCUUCUAAAAAGUACAGCUCAGUGUGUAUAUGUGUGUGUGUGCGUGUGUGUGUGUGUGAGUUUUACACAGAGAUUAGCAGAGCGAGAGAGAGAUGGAAGACAGUAGAUAACUGAAUAUUUCUAAACAGAGUCGCUGAUACAGUUCUGUGAAGGAGAAAAGUCACAUUCUUCAAAAUACUUGUGAGAGGGGAUAAGGGAGGAGCAGAGUUUACUGAUUCAGGUACGAGUGUCAGUGCUGCUUACAUGAAAUUAGCAUUCUAAAGAGCCUUAACAACAGUAUAAAUAGAAAUAAGGCACACUUUAAAAAGCUGUUGUUUUUUCUCUGAAACAAAAAACAAAUUCUUAUGAUUCAAAGCUGUCUUUUCUGCAAAUUUGCCAUUUCUGAGAAAUAAAGCAGAUUUGAACAUGAUCUAAGGAUAGCAAUCUCCAGAAUUAUACCACAGUUUGUAGAUUACUUCACUCUGUGCCCUAAAUCGCACCAUACAAACAUCUUCAGAGUCAUUUGUAAAAACAAAUUAAAUGUUUUGCUGAAAUACACCAUGCAAUAGGGUGAAAAGAAUUUAGGUACUGUACUGACAGCACUUGUGUUUAUGUUAAUGUGCUGGUGAUUUCAGCCCUGGUCUGCUUCUUUCGCAGUAAGGUGUAAACUUCUUAACUUUUGUCCAGCACAAGACAGCGCUUAUGUUUGUGUGACUUGCUUAAAUUUCUUCUUUAUGGGGUUUGUCAGUCUUACUAAAAUGAGUACAACAACCAGCGAAUUUCUAAACUGAACCAGACUGAGUUACUCAUGCCUCUCUGCAUGUGUUUUGAAGCUGUUCUGGUUGUCUCAAAUAAAUUUAAAAUGAAGUUUUGUGAAAAUUUUAAGAGUUUAGCACUUUUGUAAAUGCAAAUGGCCAAGUCAAAUUCCCACAAGAAGCUGCACCAUACUUGUUUUUUGGUCACUUGAAUUUCUUUCUCCACUCUCUUCUUGAAUCUGUAAAAAUGUUCUGUAACACAUGGCGCUGAGGAAAAGCCAAAUCAGCCAUCAUUCAUUCAGACUCUGCCUUUUUUAUAUCCUGUAUCCUGUGUAUGUGUUGUUAAAGCUUUUGUACAAUUUCACAUAAAGUAUUCACAAUAAAUGAUACAUUUGGCUGUCAAAUAUCAGCAGGAUAACUAGUUGAAGAUAAGCAAAAAUCGACUCAAAGCGCAAGUUUUAGAAAGAACUUGAACAGGCUGCUUUUGGAAAUAAGAGGUUGAUUAAUGUAUUUUGCGAUUUUUUUGUGAUUUUUUUUUGCCGUAAAAUCUCAGAGAAAUCAAACUGACUGUGCGCACAACUUCAUAAAAUGUCAGAUUAUGAUUCACUCUAACCUGACCAUACAGUUGGGCAGUAACACACACCAUUUACACCAUCCCCAAGUGAAUGGCAAGACAAAAUGCUGAGUCAAACACUCUGUGAGCUGAAUCAUGUUUCAACUCCCCCUUCCCUCUUCCUUUGACACCCUCCUCUGCUUAAUGGUGUUGAAAAUGAGGGCAUGUCACAUGUGUCGACGCGAUGGGAGGGGCAGCGACAUCAGCAGAGCACGCCUCAAGGCUCGACAAGUGUACAUGCUGCUGUUUGUACUAUCUCAACACGACACAGCCUCCUACGGUUAAAAGAAGAAAAAAAUCAGUGUAAUUAUUAAUUUUCUGGAGGAAAAGAAAGACUGGUACAGGCUUUUAUGGGGAUUUCCACUCAUUCACAGUCUUGAUUAACUUCAAAAGCACUUGAGCAAUUAAACAACUUUUAUUAACAUUGAUUCACUUCUUAAAAACAAAUCCUUCUUGAAUAAAUACAAUUUCACAAAAGCUGCUCAAAUGAAUUAAUGUCAGCUUGUGACCCUUUUAUCUUGGAUUAUGCUGCUUCUCAAAUAACUUUACUUCAGGACUUUCAGGAGCGCGAGGAUACCAGCUAUUUCCCUGUGUGGGGUUUGUGUAGGGCUUACAGUCCUCCUGUUGUUUAGUUUACAUCUGAUGGAGCUGCAGACAGACUGACACGGAUUCUGAGAUUUAGACCCACAUUUGUCUAUUUCAUGCUCAUCACUGGUCAGACAGAAUACCACGUCCACAUGACAAUCUGACAGUUUUGGGUCCAUCUUUUCUGUCUCAUUGUGGCGUUUAACCAACAUCUGCGGGCUGCAUGGGACACUAAUUCCCCAUCAGCAGGCUCCCUUUGGUUUUGGUUCCCUUUAGGCUGUACACACACACAAAUGCACACACACGCACACACACACACACACAUAGACAGAAAAGUUACGCAUAGAUGCGCGCUGGUAAACAACCACAUCCGUUAGAUGGAAAUGUUGAUAUUUUGGCUUGUCUCUCUAUGUUUUGAUUUUAUUUUUUAGUGCUUUGAGAGGAUAUGAGUCGUGUGUUUUUAUCGUGGUGUCACAGAGUGAAUGUGCAUGAACUCUCCAGCCCUGGAGUUUUUUUACAUGUAAAGCAGCAUUUAUACAUACAUACACAAAAGUACCAAAAAGCUUCCUUUCAGUCUCAGCAUGAGCUUCAAAUGUGAACACAAACAGUAACAAUUUUCACCCCAACUUUGACUAGAUUGUUUCCUGCUAACCCGUUCGUAAAAUUGAUGCCUGAAAUGAGGGCUAGAUCAUUUGAGAACACAACAAGAAUUACAUUAGUAGUUCUCAAAUUGAUCUAAUUUUAUUUUUUCUUUUUCUAACUGGACAUGGUUUGACUGCAAACUUCCUGAGUCACGUGAUGUUGCACCAUUGUCUGUCUGCUGAUUUUCACUCGUCUAGGUUUAAGAAAUAUUAACUCAUUACAUGCUCAGAUCAAAUGAACCUUUUUGGAAAAUCUAGCAGAAAUAUUUGGGACAACAAGUGGAGGUGGAGUAAUGAUGUUUUGUGCUUUUGAUUUCAUGUCUUUCCUCCUGAGAUUCUCACACUAAAUCUCCCCUGUUGGACAGGGUGGCAUGGAGGGUCUCAGGCUGGACCUGAUGUCCAGCAGAUGCUGCAGUUUUUGAGUGUAAUGUUUUACAAUCCUGUCUAAGAUAUAAACUUCUGAUCCUUUUAUUUCACCCUAUUAUAUUUUUACAUUAACUCUAGUUCUUAUACUCUCUCUAUUUUUGUUUCUCUUUUAACCCCUGUUACAUGUGUCUGUUUGCAGAGUUACCGCUGGUGAGUCUUAAACUCAUCCACAGUAUCAGCAGAUGAGUAAAAACCGAACAUAAUGGAGAGCAGGGUCAAAGACAGUCUCACAGCUUUUAUAGUUUUCGUCACCCUACACUGACAGUCUUUGUUUGUCACACAGGAUAUUAUUUUUUUGACCAAGCAGCAAAAUUAGACAGAACACCACUUUCAUGAUUUUAAUGCCAUUAUCCUCUCCUGCUAACUUGUGGUGAAUCUUGAGUAAUCUGCUUAGCCCAAAAUUAUAUGAAUGACUGUUGAUGUUCACAGUUACAUCUCAACCCCAUAAUUCGGGGACAUUUGUAAAAGUGUUAUUCGGACUUAAACAUACUAAUUAUGAUGCACGUUAACUUGAAGGAAAUUUGUGGUGCCUGGUUGGGUUUUACCGCAAUACUUUUGGAUUUAUUUGUAUUUUUACUUGGAAAAAAAAAGCAAAAGACAAAUAAGAACCCUGCUUCCAUGUCUAUAUUUGUGGAUUCUUUCAUUAGCUCACGAGAAACAGCCAGAUAAAACCCAUUUUAAUUUGUAGAUGCCUCAUAAAUCGUGAUAAAGGUUCAUGAAUACUUUUGUAAAUUAGUCUUCUUCAUUUUUACACGGACUCUUUUUUUCUUUUGCCAUAAAGGCUCAGUCAAGUAUUUCAAGCGUUAACCAAGAAAUCAUUGCGUACAAGAAAACCUCAAAUCUGCCGUCACAUGUUUUGAACAUAAUAAGAAGAUUUAAUUGGUUAAGAAUAAAUUGAUCUCUGACUGUUAAUGCCGAGGUGUCCUUAUGAAUGUACAAUAACCACAACUUGCAUUAAAUUUGGUCGGAGGGCUCAGCUCCACUGAGUACAGCAAAUGCAUGACAACGGCUUUCUUUUUUUGGAUGGCUUCGAUCUAUUUUAAGAGAUGGGUAAUGAUACAGGACAGACACUGAAGGACAUUCAAACCUGUCAACUCCCCUCCCUUCACACCUCAUUGGUCAGAGGGAAGACGGCAUUGAUGAAAGGUCGUGGUGACUCUGAUUAAAGGAGAAUAAAUUCAUGGGGCAGGACGGGGUAGUUUCUGCUCACUACCUAUAGAUGGAUCGGGUAAUUGAUUGGAUCUGUCCUCACACAGUUGAGCCUGCUCUGCCUCAGGCAGCUGUUAACCCUGCAGUGUAUUAAAAUCAGAUUAGGCUCUUGUAUAUAAAGAAGCGUGCCAAAGGGAGGGUUACAGUCUGUUCACGUGUGACGACACACCUCUGUGCUGAAGAAGGAGGAAGAAUAAACACAGAGGAGGAGGCGGAAAGAUGACCCCUCACCCUGAUGUCCUUCAGAAAUUAAAACAAUGAAAGAAAACUCUUUAAUCAGUGCUGCUUUAUACUGUAUUAUGUUAUCAUGUUCAGCUAAUGAAAGGACUCUGAAAAUGUGUGAUUGGUGGUUGUGGUGUCCUCAGUUUCCAGAAGAUAGUUCAUUUAGUGUGCCCAUGGCAGCUAUUAAAAACUUUAAACCAUUCCCUCCCUUAACAGUCCAGGUGUUGAGGUGUGAUCAAACCAAAUUAUUGAUGAUUUCUGCCAUGAAAGUGUCAUUUAACAUGACUGUUGUGCUUUUUAAAGUGUGUAUCCAGAAUUCACCUGGUAGAGCACUCCAUGACGCUUUGUUCACUUUGACAUUGUUAGUUUGCUUUCUCAUAAACCCUCUUUGGUUUUUGUUUCAAAGUUGGUUAUUUUAAGCAAUUAUACCAACAACAACGAGUUUAUCCUCCAUCACUGUAUCGAGUGACUUUUAGUCUUGUGCAUAGUAAAGGAUUUUCAAAUUCUUCACAGUGCAACAAUAAGGAGAACCCAGCUCAUCAUGCACUGAUAGAUUCCAACAACAACCAGAGUCCUGAAUCUCAGAGCUUGAAACCUUAUAAAAUCUCGCUUCGAUCAAUCAAUCAUGACCUGAGGGUCCAAACAUGGUGAUUGUCGUGCUCAACGUUACCUGCUGCAAAGCUAUUGCGGAAGCCACAGUGUAUGUUUUGUCAGGUUGAUGGAUGUGUGAUUGACAGGACAUAUAAAGACUUGUGUUGUUGCUACAAAUUAAAAAGUGGGCCAUUUAUUUCUGACAUCCAUCUAACUGUGUUGGUCAUGAUGUAGCAAGUGUCUGGACCAGUGUCUGCCUUACAAGCCUGAACUGAAAUACAUAUAACUUUGGAUUUUCUUUGCCCUGAGUAAGCUUAUUUGAUUAAACUAAUAUAUUUUGACAUUCAGAUUUUAGACUUUGAAGAGCAAAAGGAGAAAGAAGUAUUUAGUAUUAGUCUAAGUAGGCCACAGCUUGCUUUAAAAUUUGUCUUCAGAGUCAAAAAAAAGGGAGAUAAAAGAUCUCUUCAAGAGUAAAAUAUUGACUCAUUGUGUGUACAGUAGACUAAAGGCUCUUUUCUGUCAACACAUUACUAAAUGAUUGCGAGAUUGUCAUAUUUGGUUAGUGUCAGCGUCCUUUUUUAGAAUGUAGGAUUUACAGUAAAGGGAAAACUGAGAGAAAUAGAGUAAGGAGAGGCAAAAAGAGAUAAAGAUUUGCACAGGGGGGUCGGAUUGGACAGCGCGGGAGAGAUGAUGAUCUGAGAUAAGCAGGAGGAGGAACAAAAGGGCAGAGGGAAAGGGCAUGUCUAAGUCCCUUUUCAAUUUAUUCUUUAUUGUUAACAGCAGAUGACAUAAUCUGGAGGGAAAUAUCUAAAUAAAAAAAGCACAUGGCCAUAAUUAAUCCCCACACAUCCAGACGUAUCGCACUGUACUAAAGUGUUGUCUUUGAUAAUGGAAAACUGAACAAAUGGAUCCAAAAAAUUUAGAGAAAUAAUGAAUCAAAGCUGCAUUUAUAAGAGGGGACUUGUCUGCAUUUGCUUUAAUGUGAUAAUAGUUGAUCCGAACACUCUGAAUGAACUGUUGUUUUGUUCUUGGGUCACAUAUGAAGCACGAAUCAAAAGGCUCUUAGUCAUGUACAGUGCGCUGUUUAGAAUAAACAGCAAAGGGGAAAUACCCUGUACAGUGGAUGCCUGCAGGGAGUGAGGCAUGCAAACGUCUCUUGUCCUUCCUGUCAUCUCUAACUGUUGGCUGGUAGCCAGUCACUUGGGAGACAUCGCCACUCCCUGUAUGCAUCAGACUGGGAUCUUGAACAUGCUUUAGCUGAGCGCCUGCCACUUCAGCCACAGCACUGCAGGCCUGGUUUUACUUUCAUUCUGACACUUUUAAAGUCGAGUGUCCAGAGCGUGACAAAACAAGACGAAAAAUACAAGCCCUGGGUUGUCUCUUUAUCAACACGUCUGAGCUUUUUCUAAUAUUAUCAGAGAGAUUCAAGAAAUAAAGCAGAUACACAGAGCGAUCACUACUCCGCACACAGCACAGGGAGGUGACUCUGCUGCUUGGAAAGGAAGAGUGAGCAGACAGACCAGACAAACUUGGCAGGAAGACUGAGCUCACACAAGAACGUAGAGGUUUGUUCCAAAAUCAAUGCAGCCUACUAAUAUUUGAUUCUCCAAAAAUUGAAGCUCCCAUUGGCAGACACAUUGUGCACACACUCGCUUGUUUUUUUCCCUCUCAGACACACCAACAGCAAACACUGCUGUAUAGACAGAGUACACUCUGGUGUAUGCAUAAAAAUGUCCUUGGUGAAUGAAUGGUGAAAUCACCUACAGAACAAAAUUACAGUAACUGAAAACUAAAUAUAUUUGCUCAAGUUCACCUUUGUGUAAAGAGCAGCCUCGACAAUUACGCUAGAGGAACAAAAAACAGUCGUCAUUGCAUACCACUCGCCAACUAUCACACCCUCUUUGUAGUGUUUAGACUACAAGAAAAAAAGUGUUAUGUAGAGAAGCUGCAACCAGGUCGAAGGCAUGCACCAAUAUCUUUUUAAAACAUGAUGUAAUGCUGCAUUAUGAUUGCAGAUGAGUGUCUGCUCUUUCGGUGGAAGAUCUUUUGUCUGCAUGUGCUGCUGUGGUAAAAAUUCAGGUAUAAGUCACUCAGUAUGUUGAAGAAGUUCUGCAUGAGAAUUACAAAUAGAUGAAAACACAAACUGGCGAAUUAUACUUUUCUGCAUAGAUGUACCUUUAUAACAUUUUCUUGUGUUGAUAUUGUGGAGUUGUGCUGCUAUUUUAUUUUAGUUUUUUUUCUGUUCACACUCUAUUUAUCAAUCUGGAUAGAUUUCGAUGUGCCAGAAACAAAACUUUUCUGGUAGACCUUGGUAUGUAGGAAAGAGAGAAAUAUUCCCUCUUUCUUUGCACACAUUUUAAACUGCUCUACUUUAAAAACAAGAAAAUGUCACAUUUAUUCAUAGGUUAUAGAAAUAUAUGUUUAGUUGACUGCAAAUGCAUCCUUCUUGGUUCUAGUGUACAAGUUGUUAACAGUUUAAAAAUGAACACAACAGAGUUUCAGCAUUUGUGUUUAAUUAUUCUAAUACAUUUUCAGGUUUUCUUCAAUUCUUUAAUGAUUCAAAAAAGAAUAUAUCGUAUACAUACAUAAGAAUAUGUAAAGAGGAAAAGCUAUGAGGAAACUUUGCUUGCAGUUUUCAAUGGACAGGGGCUUUUCUGCAUGGAGUGUGAAUGUUCUCCCAGUGCAUGCAGCACUUAACCCUUUUUCCCCAAUCCAAAGACAUGCUCCUUAAAUUAACUGGUCUCUCUAAAUUCAAAGCGGAUCAUAUUUCAAGAUUUUGGAACGGCACUAGAGGUGGCCACUUAAAUUUGAGGAGUGGGUUUUUCCACCCCUUGUCAUUUCUCUGGAUGUGGCCCUGCAAAUGAGUCCUUCCAGGAUCACACUUAAUACCUAAAACAUCAUGUUGAUUUCUCAACUCUGUUCAUGAAGUGUCCGUGUGGGAGUUUUAAGUGCUGCUCUUUGUGUUAAGUGACUGUGAAAUUAACUAAGUCAGAGUUAAUUUAAGGUUUGUUUGGUGUAAAUCUGGUAAUGAACAGCCCUAUUUUAAUGUCACAUUUGCAGUUUUAACAAGAUUACAAACACAGCUCUGAACUGUGUGUUCUUUUAGCACUAUUGCCCAAGACAAAUUUCCCCAGGGGCAAUAAAGUAUAUCUAAUCUAAUCUAAUCUACAGGGUAAAUGAGACCCAGUGUGACAGGCAGGAGUUUAAAGGAAAGAAAUAUAAUGCCCAGUCGAUAAUAGACAUUUUAAAUAUACAUAUCUGUAGUUUUUGGUGAGGUUUCCUGGUUUAUUAACUGAUACGUGGUCUCAUUGUUCCAGUUUUUUUUGGCUGCUUGUCCCAUUAACUCGUUUAAGGUUUUGGCAACCUUGUGGUGUUACUUGACGUGACUUUUAAAAUUUACCAGUAAUGUGAUAAAGGAGUGGUCAUAUUCAUGCUUUCUCCUGACAGCACAUCAAGAUUAAAGUAAUUACACUAAGUAUUCAAAGUGUUUUGCUUCAAUAGCCAUUGGGUAAAUGUUAUUCUUUUACAGCCAAACUUCCCUGGAAGUUCCCUUCCUCAUUAAAUCAUAUUAUGAUUCAUAGUCAGAGAAAAACUAAUUUUCUUCAUUUUUCGUGUUACUGUGAAGUCAAGUAAAAACUCUUCCUUGUCUUAUAUUGUCAUUCUCAUGUGCAUGGCUUUAGCAGCUCAUGUGCCAGUACUCUAAGCAGGUCCACACUCACUAAUGAACCUUCUUCUUCAAGCCCAGUAUUGAUUCAGUCUCAGUUCUUGGUAAUGAACAGAUGUCCGAAUAUAGAUGUCCAGAUUUUUGCUCCUUUCCAAGGUUAAAUGAUUGAAAUUCCCCCUUUUAAAGCUUUUCUAAUCAAAUACAGUCACAAAAGAGAAGUCUAUAUAAAAUACUAUAUGACGGUAGAGUAUGUAAAGCUGUCUGUGUGUGAGGAGCGUUGCAGUCAAUAAGCCACAGAAAAUGAUUAGAAAUUAUUGCUUUAGAGAUUCCUUGAGACUGCCUUCAUUACGGCUAAUUGGAUUGAAUGGUGCCCACUCAUUGGCCCACAUUUAUACAUUUACAUCGUAUUUAAGGCGCUUAAUCUGAAUGGCACUGAUACCACGGGACUGACAUUUAAGCUUUUAAAUCCAGAGGAUGUUAUGAGGGUUUUAGAGAGAGGGAGAAAGAGAUUGAGGGGGAGGGAGACGGAUUGAGGGGAGGGGGGAGAAAUAGAGGGUGAGGAAGCAGAAGAAAGAAAACAGUGAGAGGGUCUCAGACAGAGAGACAGCAAAGCAGGAUGACAGUGCAGGCCUUUGUUCGAAAGUCUGCCAACGUGUCAAUUCAGAUGUAACAUUUUUAUCGACACCCGCCUCGCCACAACCUGACAGGCAGGCAGGAGCUCAACUUUUUACGUUCCACACCAGAAGUUCAGGGUUAGUGAAACAGGUUCCCUUGGCAAACUUUGGAGGAAGUCUUUUUCUCAUCCUGUUGUCUUUUGCUUAGGGAAGUAUGCAAGACUGGCAAUGUUUAUUCACUUGACCUAGAAAAAGCUCUUGGUAUAUCAGCGCACAUAUUCUGAAUUCACAAGUCAUUUUUGAUUUUAUAGCGGAGCUGUAUACAGUGUGUGGAGGCACUGUGUACUGCCUGAGCUAUUUACUUUAUGAUUUGCUGUUGGUUCGGAGGACUUCAGGGAGAAAAUUGUUUGUUUUUUAGGCUCAUAGGCUUCCACAGUACAUAAGGCAGUGUGUUGGAAUGAUAAUAGUGAAGUAUGUGAAUGAAUAAGUAUGUUGUGAAUACAUAAAAACACUUAAAAAUUAUUGCAUGUUUAACUGGUGCAAGGACAAGCAGUAUGUUGUUGAUGCUGAAACUGAUUAAUUUGUGAGUUUGCGGGAAGCCAACAAGCCAAAACUCUUAUAAUGAAUUAAUCAUUUAAACAUCCUUUCAAGGAAAAUGUCUUGGGCAAAAAUGCCAGGAAAUAUCAAAUUUUAGCUUCAUCAUUUAAAGUACAGUUACACCAGAAAUGGGCACAGCUGUGCUUCAUUGUAAAAUGAGUUUAUAUGCCCCAUCAGGACAUCCUGGGAGAUGAAUAUGUAACUUAUGUUCAAGUGUAUUCCAACAAUUCAUCAAAGAAACCUUCAAGUUAAGGCAAAUAAAAUAAUUCUGAGUUAUGCGUUUCAGAAUUUGGAAUAAAUAAUGAGUUUUGCUUGAAUCAGGGCGUGCUCCUAGGAUUUAAUUUGUUUGUUGUGACGUGUUCAUAAUACUCAAUCCAGGCUAUUUAAAGACAGGCUUAUCUCAGUGUUACAUACAAAUCAUGCAUGUUUAAUAUUAUCGCAGUCUGCACGAUGUUCAAUGAUUUAAACAUUGUCAACAACCAGUCGAUGCAUUUUCACCAACACUAAAUAGGAAGCUCCAAACUAGCGAAACAAAUAUGACCAGGAGGCGGAAAAAAACAGUCUUCUUGGACUCUGUGAAAGGGGGAGAUGCUGGUGGAGUUGUGGAAAGAACAAGAAAGCCUGCUGACAUGUCCUCCCAUUGGUGCCUCGAUAGAGAGGAGAAAAAAAUAUGUGUGUGGACAGGAAUUUCAGCAGGCCUUAAAAUUCUAGCUGGUGAACUAGUUGGCCAUGAAUUCAUUUGUCGUCUUGCUCUGAAAUUUCAUUCUGUGAAUAAAAACUUUGGGACUUUUCCUCACGCAUUGUCUUAGGAGUCAGAAGACAGUCUUUCAAAAGUCUUGGCUAAGUCUUAAAAUGCGUAGACGGCACGAUUUAAACCAAUAAUGGGCGUGGGAAUUGUCAAAAAUCUCAGUUUUAGGGACCUUAAUUUGUUUGUGUGUGAAGAAAGGCUAAAAGUUUGAGUGUCGUCCACAUGCUGCCUGUUGGUGAAGCUGCUGUUAUAUUGAGCCAGUUUACAGCACUACCUGGCUGUAAACAGGAAGUGCAGCAGAUUACUCCACAACUGUCCAUCUGGACAUUAAUACACAAUAGAAAGCCAAAGCUGUUUCCCUGCAUGGCCACAGACAGACUGUGUUGUUCACUGCUGGCUUCAUUUUAAGCCUGGCGACAUCCAUCCAUCCAAACUAAGCACCCUGAGCAGGAUGAGGGGGAGGAGGAGGAAAGAUUCCUUUGAUGUCUAAUAGGCGUUUAUUGACAAUUUCUCCUCAAACUCUCUAAUCCUGAGCAGCAGCAAGCUAUUUGACAGCUUUAUUCACCGCCUGCACUUUGAUUGUUUCUGACCACCUCAAAUGAUGCAACCCUUCAUAUUGAUCCUCUGCUUUGUGUCUUAUGUUUGUUUGCCGAUUGCUCAAUAAUCCAAUUAUUGCAGUACAGCUUUCUCUGAGCCUCUGUGAAGUAUAAGAAGAGAGAGUGAGAGAGAGAGAUGGAGGGGAGUGAGUGAGUGAGGAGGGAAGUCGGAGACGGAAAGGUAGAAGGGGAGAGUGAAGGAGAAAGGAAACCACCGAGGGACUCUGAGGCUGCGUGUGUGUUCAUGUGAGAGAAAGAAAAAGACAGAGCAAGGGGGUGGAGGGAGGGCGGAAAAACAGGAGAAAGUUGCAGGCAGAGGCGAAGUUACCUUUUUUAUAAACGCACUGACCUUGUGCACUUCACAUUAACCUCGCUCUCUCUGAGAAUUAGUCUGUAUCGCUCAAACUCAGCUGUUCCUAACAGCACCAAUUGAUUUCAGUGGACCAGAAACAGGGAAAUUGAAUCUCUUGUUACACUGGCCAAAGACCAAGGGAAUACAUGCUAAUGCUGCAAACAUAGACCCAAAACGAGCUUAUGCGUUCUGUUAGUCUACUGUUGUCUCUCUGGAUAGAUUUGCUGCGACUAGGAUGGCUCCCUAGGGUGCAAGUCUGUUGGAAGAACUUUAUAAGCUGUGGCUGGAGCGGAGGGAAGAUCUUUUCCUUUUUUGUCGUCUGUGCAGCAGGUUUUAAAUACAGGGAAGAAAAAUGGAGACUAUAAAAUGAACCCUGUUGACAAACAGUUUUUAAAGGAUGAUAUGUGGUGUUAUAGCAUUUCAAUGCACACUAGGUCAGCCAUUCUAACCUCAUUAAAUCUGCAGUGUGUGAUUAAUUCUGAUUGAUGGCUAAAGGCGAGGAGUGCAGACGGAUUCUUAUGCAGCAUUUGCUUCUUUUUAUUAACAACUGAUGCUAUCACCACUAAAGCAAGUUCUCCUUUGUGUGUGUUCAGCCAGGGCUCAAAAGGGCUGCAGGGUGCAAACAGUUUGACUAAACAUGUAUGGAUUUCUUUAAAUGCCUCUCAUAGACAAUGUACGUCUCCAACAUGAGGCCAAUGUUGACGUUAGGCUUCACGACUGUACACUUUGCCUUCUGCAACAAAUGGCUUUAAUCCACAUAAAUUAGGAGACGUUGCUCGGCAGGAGGGAGAGAUUACAGGGGAUAAUGUACGCAGGAUGUGUGUUUGAGUUUGUGUUUAGGGAAAAAGAGAGGGGAUGUAGAGGAGGAGAGAAGCUCAGAGAGUUGACUGAGAGAGCAGAAGUGUUUACAAAGGCAGCAGCUGGGGUAAGGACCUUUUAGUAGCGUGCUUCAAGAGAAAAAGUGGCACAAGAAGCAGGUUGAAAUAAAUCAGCAGGAAAGGAAGGGAAGAAACUGAAAUAUGAUGGCAAAGUGGUUCAACAGGUUAAAAAAGGUAAGGAUUACAGAGUUUGAAAAUAGGAACCUCGCACAGAAACAAUGAAAGAACGUCAUACAUUUGUCAUAUCAUGGAUAUUUGAUGACAGGAAAGAUUCAAGGCUUCAGUCUUAUGAGGAAAUAUUUCAUUAUUGCUGACAAAGAACCACAAUCUUUAUUUGAAAUAAGAAAUAUUUUGCGUUCGCUAAGGUUGGAUACUGAGGACAAACAGGGACACAAGAACAUUUCUAUGAUGUGGUUGAUUCAUAAAGUAAACCACAGAAUAUUGUAUUAUGUUCAGCACAAUCUCGAUUAACUAAUUUUACAUAAAAUUGUGAAAUUUGUAAACGCAGGACUAGACUUUAGUAUCUAAAUGUUCUGUUUUCUGUUUGUAGUUGGUUUAGAGUCUGAUAAGUAUUGACUGCUAACAUACCAGCAGGAAAAACAACCAGUGAAUAGUAAAAGCACCGCCACAGUGUCAUCCUAGCUGCCAUGCACGCUUGUAUAACAACUUUUUUCUAACAUAUAUAAACAUGUAUCUGCAUGGAAGCAUGCCUUACAAUUUGUUCUGGUUCAACAUUUGCAACCUAAGUGAAACAUUUCCUCAACCGAUUGGCAAACCCAUUAAUCGCAAGUAAACCACAAGAAGCUUGGAAGCUCAAUCCGCCAAAGUGAAGUAUCUAUGUAACCUACUGUUUACCGUGAAACUGAAUCCUACCAGAAAGAAAAAAAAGAAAGACUAAAUGAGUGCUCCUCUGGAGGAUGUAACACAACUAGGAAAGUUGCUUUUUUGUUGCAGAUAUAUCCUGAUAUCUGUUUUUUUAUCUAAAAACAUGGACACUGCACAAGUUGCUACUUAUUGACCAAUGUAGUGCAGUAAAAAAGAAGUUGGCCAUCAAUUUCUGAGCUAUACUGUCUUCAGCUUGUAGCCAAUGGGUUCCAGGAUUGUAUGAGGCCCAGCAGCAGGCCCUCCAGCUUGUGCCCUUUUGCAUAAGGUCCCCUUAAAUCUGUCAGUGAACCACACUCGAAUAUGCCUCUUUUGAGUUUUUCUUGUGAGGCUGUUAAUUGUACCACGUGUGUGCAGGAGCAGUAGGUGUUAGAUGGAAAUUACGACCUCUGUUUCCUCAGGUUUGGUGCUGAUGGAUCUGUUCAGAGUAGCCUGGCACUUGUACUGCAUUUACAGUAACUGGAGUUUGUGUGCUUUGGCCAGAAACAGGCAAACCUCACACUCUAAAAUGGCUCUUAUUAUGACAGCCUCUCUCAUAUAAAGCCUCUGUGGACAGACAGACGCCGGGGGGCAAAGCACAUAAAGACGAGUCAGUGGCACAUUGAGAAGCUGUCAACGUGCCGCACAGUAUACAGUGUCAGAAAUGUGGAUGUAGGAUGCCAGUCAGGUCACGGUAGAAGGUAUCUGCUUGCAGGGAGAUUGACAGGCAUCUUUCCCAAUUCCAACCCCACGUCUUUGUAUUGCCCAGAAAAAAACCCCAAUUACGCUCUAUUUCCUCUUAUAAAGCCACUCAUUAGCACUGACGAGUUUCGCAACAUGAAGCAGAACAGUGAAUAGAUAGCAAAUGUAGAGCUACAAGCUGCUUUUCUGUUGCACAAAGCCUGCGUUUCAAUAGGGAAUCCUUUGUUCACUGUGUAAAUCCCCAUGGCCUCCCGUUUAAAAGCUCAGUGUGUCACCAGAGACUAAACUCCUGCUUGCUAAAAAAUAAGUACAAUAUUUUUUAAGUCCACUCAGAUUGGAAAGUGUGUAUUUUCCUUAAGGAGGGAGUGAUCCAUCUUUUAAAAACAGGAUAAGUUACUGUUUCAUUUCUUUAAUUCUAAUAAAAACCUUCACCUACUUACAGUACACUGACCUGCUGUCACCCAUCCUGAAAUAUUUAAACCAUAACCAGAGGAUGCCAUGAAUUCACAUAAAACUUGAAACUGUCUUGGGCUAAUGUCAGGGUCUAUGAAGGAAAUAGGAAAAGGAUACGAUGGACACUAGUAAAUAAAUGUGUGGCUUCUGUAUUUACUUAUGAAUGAAUAUAAUGAACAUGUGACCUGUGGCUUUCAUAAAAAAGGUAAAUACUCAGACAAUGAACAUUCACUGAACCACUCUUCCACUGAGAACACGCUUCACCCAUGAUGCUGAAGUUGUGUAAAGAAAUGUUGAAAUGAGCGUACACAUAUUUCUAAAAAAUGAAUUGGAUGAUUUUUGUUUUAACAAGUCAUUAUUAUUUAACUUGACUUUAAGUAUAUAUGAGAUCAAAAGAUUUAUUUUUUUUGUUGAGGAGUUAGAAUUUUGAUGGUUAAAGUCUGAAUAAUGAGACAAUCUAUAAUGAUGUGAAAACUCAUUAUCAAGUGAAAAUAAGCAGAAGUUAUUAAAUCAAAAGUCAAAAUCAUGAAAGGAGAGGUCAUAAUUAUCAAAUUAAAUAGUAAAAAGUUUUGGAAAAAUAUACAUUAAUGAGCUAAAAGUCAUCAUUGAUUGGUUAAAAGACAAGGUUAUGAAAUAAAAAGUCAAAUUUAUGGGAUGAAUAGUCAGAACUGAAGGUUUAUCUGUUUAGUAUAGUUCAUUUUUGUUUUUAAUUUUUACAUUUAUUUCAUAUUUUUAACUUUUUUAUUUUUCUAUUACUAAAUUUCUCAUUAUUUUGUCUAUUUAUGUCUGAAUUUUGUCUUUUCAUCUCAAAACUUUGAGAUGUCUUACUUUUUAUACUGACUUCUUAUUAUCACUGGCUCUCUUGAAGCGCCUAUGUUAAUUUUUUUUUCUCUUUUUUUUUAUGUGUAUUAAAUAGACUAAAAAUAAUACUGAAACCUUUUCAUGAUAUCCAAAAGCAAAAAGACCGUCAGAAAAAAAAGAUGUUUUUUUAAUUCUAACUUUAAUGUCUAAAACUGGUGCAAAGGGGGGUAGGUGUUAGCUGAGCUGCUGGAGAAACACCCCUGUUUUUACAAUUUCCACAUAAAAUAUUUAUAAUAAGUGAUGCUAUGAUUGUCAGAAUAACUGAUGCAGUCCGACCCCACUGACCUGUAAGUUUUAUCCUUUUUUUUACAGUCUUAUCUAUUUUCAGCUUCCACACAGUUAAUCUCUCUACUAACUCACUUAUACUCCGUUUUAUUGCUGUGCAAGAACCAUAUCAGUGUAUUUUUGAAGCCUGUCAGAAUCGGUCACCAAAAGUAGAUGUAACAAAGCUAUUUGAAUAUUUUCUCUAGCCUCCUGUCUGGUCCUGUGUUGCUCUGGCCUUUUUAUCCUCCCAUUUUUCCUCUCCCCUCGCUCUUCUUCAGCCUGCUUCGCCACCUCUGACAUCCCUAGUACUGGCCAUCCAAAAGAAGGUGACAUGAGUGCCCGCUCUGAAAGGGCAGCCACAUGCACCACUGCAAAUCUUUCAGCUUAUUAAAUAUACAUCAGUAGUCAGCCAUACCUGUGAGGCAGCACUCACCUGAGCCAAGGUUACAGUGACUGAUGUUAUUUUUAACCUCUUGUUUUGAACAGGAAAUUGUGUUUGGGGGCUACAAAAUGUGUCACGUGCAGUAAUGAUGAGCGGGAUAGAUGAGAGAUGACAACAGUUGGUAAAAAUUGUCUUUACAUUCAGUCCUUUUUCCUGUGUCACUACAAACAAUAUCUGUAUAGUAGAAAUACAUCUCUAAGAAGUCAAACAUCUAUCCAUGCUGCAGCACUUGAGAUUAUUUGUCAAUGUCCUUUUUUCGGCACCAAAUCAGUCAGUGGUGAUGUUCCCACUUAUAGACCAAUUUAGUACAGGGCUUUAAGGUUUAGAUUUAACAAUCAACACAUUUCAAUCCCACUAAUACUACCCUGACUACUACCCUCUCAACAGCUCUCAGAACAGAGGUGAACAGGAGAUAUAGUAGAGAUUAAGGGUUGGAUUAUACUCUGGAUGUGGUCAAAGGUAGAUUAGCCAGCAGUUCGAUUAGUCAGCACAUACAGUACAUACGUGUUCCUCGCAUAGUUCACUGUGGACUGAGCUUUUUCUUAUUGCAGUAGCUUUUUUGUGAGACUCUAAUUGCUCUGUGUCCCUCAGCAGGUGUUGCAUUGUUCAUCCAGUGGCCAUCUGGGCCUGUAAUCCUGCAGAGGUGAACACACUGAAUUUGAAAAAGGUCAUUACCCAGUCAUUGUACGUGUGUUUGUGUGAAUGUGUGUGUAUGUUUUUGCCCUCUAACCUUCUUUUUCUUUUGCAUUUUGUACCACAUGUGAGGGACCUUUUGUACUUUCCAGGUCAAAAUCUUAAAGUUGACCUUUUUGGGGCGAUAAUGUUGAGCUUCACAAUGAGCGGAUCUGAUGGUUCAGGACAAACUGUAAUCAUAAUAACGUCAGACUGGUCAUUGUGUUUUGACAGGCUUUUAAGGAGAGUUUUGGGUUUAUCAAUCAAAUAAUUUGUGCGUUUACUAGCACUCAUGACAUCAUAUAUACUACUUUGGAGUUUGCAGCCAUCAUGCCCUCACAUAAACAUAAUUGACAGUAAGUUUAUCCCUGGCCCUAUUGUCCCAGGAUCAAUGUCACCCAAACAGGACCUGCAUGAAACAAAAAAGUUACCAAAUCUUUUAUUCAAAAACUGUUACACAGCAAAAUAAUGGCAUUUUCAGAUGUGAUAAAUAGUGAUUAACUAUUUGAAUUAGGAGAUUGAUCAUGGUUUCAAAAGGAAAAAAAAAAUGUGUGUGUAAUAUUGCAGAAUCUACAAGCUGUCAGAGGGUUAGCGUCCCAUGCCUGCUAACCCCUCAAAGUUUCUCCCCCUCUCUAUGCUGCUCCACCUGAAUUUUAAUUUCCCUUGAUAUACUCACAACUGUAAUCACUAACUAAACAACUGAACUGAGAGUAUUUUAUGAUUUGGGAACUUAAUUAUGAAAAACUAAAAACCUCAUAUAAAUAACUCAGUUUCUAGUGUGUUGUUUUGUCAGUUUUCAUAAUUACCUAACACAUUAUUCCCGCUGCAUGUUUUCACAUGUUGCUGAGCUCAGGCUUGACUUUGUUCGGCACUUUCAACCAACCAGCUGUUGGUUGAUUCAACCUGUCAAACACCAGCAAGGGGCUGGCUGGAGAGCGGUUCUCAGCACUCCUUGAGCUACCAUGCAGAAUGUGCGACCACAGCGCUAACCACCUGGACCUGGGCCAACCAGGGACUUGGCUUUGGUUCCCACAUCUUGGGAUUGUGGUUUUAUAUCCCGUGACUUCAAUGAGCCAUCGGAAUAUAAACUAGACAUACAAUAAACACCCCAGUUAGGCUCACUUGGCAGCUCUAUGGCUAACUGUAUUUCCUUUGUAUGUAUGCUAGCACUGCAGUGUUUCCCUUUUUGCACAUGCUGUAGCUCCUGCUUGCUCCUCCUCCUAGUUCAUCUCAGCUGAAUUGUAAAUGACUGGUGGGUGCUUGAGGAUGAUCACAUGUGACAGCUAAUGCGUAGGGUUGCUGGCAACAUGUGUCAGCGCCAGUGUACAUUAACCUACAUUCAGAUUGAGGCCUUUUUGAAUCACCCAUGAAAGGGAAAGGUUGCCUUUUGAAUAAGAUAUUAGCUGGCACAUUUCAUUUCUGUGGACCAACAAGCUGAGUUCAUUUGGCUUUUUAAGGUUUCAGACUUAAUGCCAAUGUUUAGCUCAUAGUAUGCCCUAAUCCUAUUGACUGGGCCCUCUAUGUACUCUAAGGUGAAUGUAAACAGGAGCAGGCUGUGUCUAGAAAGUGUGGGACUGAAGUAAGGAGUAUGCGUUGUGGAGGUGGCUUAGGUCAGGGCUGAUCCCUUAAAGAUAAUCUCCCUCUCUCGGGAUUUGUUUUUCUCAUUCGACCCAGGGCCUAUAAGCUGAGUUUGGAGGUCACCUGCUGCACAGGCAACAUGACCUGAACAUGUCUAUUAGGUGCAUUUGCAAGGAGCCUAGCAGGUAAUGUGCGGGGAUAGCGGGGUGAAAGCAAAGUAAGCUGUGAAUAGAGCUGAAACAUGAACACCAGGGGUGGCCGGGUCUAGAGUUCAUCCAUGCCACUGACAUCAAAAGGAUUAGGCCCUGGACCAAAACCAGUUUUAGCAGCAUGGCUUUGAAGUGGUCCGUUUGUGUUUACAUUCAUGGCAGUGGGCUAGAUUGGGAUAAAUGUCUGAGCCAUGUUUCACAAAGGUGGUAAAACAGGCUUCUUUGUGUGUAUUUAGUUAGAUCUAAGCCAACUACCGUGCUUAUUUGUGAUGUUAUCACGAAGGUUUAUGUUCAGGAGGGCAGUAAAUUUAAAUCACCGGGCUGGUAUUUCAUUUUCCUUCAUGUGCUGAAAAAUGUUUAUCACAUGCCUCUUGUUCACAUUAUUUUUUGCUUUCCCAUGCCUGAAAAUCAACCUGAUGCCCGACGAUGGAGUUGGACUCUUGUCUUCUCUGAUUUCUCUUGUACACAAACUUUAACCUGGUACUGAAAAGAGACACUCUCUGGACCAAUUACAGAGACUGCAUGUAAAUUUAAAAAAACACAUUCUCAGUAAGGCUGUUUCUGUAAGUAGACAUUUUGAAGCCCAAUGCUAGCAGUUCUAGCAUAUUGAACACGCUCUCUGAACGGUUCUGUGAGGGGUUUUUAAUAGAUUUUUUCAACAGUGUCACUCCUAUCUUGUUCCCCCUUUAUCACCUACAUAGUAAAAUGAGAUUUUCACUGACAAGGUUGGUUGUUUAUGUCAAAUUAAAAUGCAUGUGUCCUUCCUGCAAAAAAAAAAAAAAAAAAAAAAAAUGCUGAGUCAAUAGUUAGCAUUAACUUGGAAGUGUCUUUGUUCAAAACUUAAAGGGAUAUUCCAGCAUAAAUUUAAGUUAUGGUCAAACACACCGUAACACCGAGUUAGACACCCCCUCAAGAGAUGAAUGUUGCCGACCACUUGCUUCUCUAGUUAUACCAGCUUCAAUAACGACCACACGAUAGCAAUAUACAGCGGUCUACUUCUCCACGUGUAAACCUCAACCAUAAUGCUCAGAACAGUGAACAAACUAUCAGGGCUCCCCCACAAACAAGCGGCUGCUGGAAGAGAGUAGGUCAGUUGUGUUUGGUCUUUUUGCUAAAGAAAUCAGGCAAAGUUAAAAAGAUGUUUGGUGGCUAGAACUGUGGCUGGGCCCCUAUAUGUACUAUUGAUGAAGUUAGGUGCUGUUCUGAUCAUUAUUUGUGGCUAUAGAGUGGUGUUUUGGUUGAGGUUUGCGCGUGGAGACGUAAACCGCUGUGUAUUGCUAUCGUGCCGUUGUUGCUGAAAUUGGUAUAACUAAAGAAGCAAGCGGUCGGCAACACUCAUCUCGCGAGGGAGUGUCUAACUCUGUGCGACAGUGUGUUUGAACAUAACUUAAAUUUUACAUCGGAAUAUCCCUUUAAUGCCAGGUGGUUUUAAUUGGAAGAAAGUUGGGUCAGUUAAAUGUUUUAGAUGUUUCAUUUUCUGUUUUUUUUAUGUUAAAUUUAAGAUUAUUUUGCGUUUUUUCUUUUACAUUAGAUAGUAAUUUUCAAGUUUUAUGCUUUUCUCAGUCUCAAAGAAAAAAAAAGUCUCUAUAAGAAGAUAAAGUUUUUGAGGUAACUUUGCUCAAGAUUUUGAUUUACUCUCAGAAACCUUUCCCUCAGCCUUGUACACAUACAUUAAAUCCAAACCUCAGAUACAAGAUCCAUAUAAAUUGAGUUCCUCGCCCUAUUGGAGAUCUUUGGCCCGGCACAUGCUUUGUGUUUAAAUGAUCUCUAAAUGGACUGCAUAUGGUCGGAGAUGAACAAGUGGGUGUGUUGACCCCAUAAACUGUGUAGGAACUGUUUAUUUUUCUUAUUGUAGUGUUGUUGAAAAGCUGAAUUUUGAUAAGGCUGCACAGAAGUUUGGAGUAAAGUUGAGGAAGUAUUUAAAAAUGUGCGUGCCAGUGUUCAUUAACACCUCAUGAGCCUUUUUUACAGAGUAUAUUGUGCAGCACAGAAACCCUGACUGAAGCUGCGGGUACGCACCAGCAUCCUGAGCCUAAUUUAAUACUAUAUGGAUGUGAUCAGGCCCUCACUGCACUUGACAGGCAUGAAUUACGGGACUUUCCAGCCACGAUAAUCCUCCUCACCAGAUAAUAACACCCUGCCACCGCUCCCUAAGAUUCAUGCCUGUGUGCCUUACCACUUAGCCACAAUAUUUCAGGUGAUUCAUUUCAUUCAUAAUGAGUGACAGUGACUGAUCUGAGUAAAACAUGAGCUCAGAAACUCUCCAGCUGCAUGAAAAGUUUCCCUGUAAGACUGUUGGUCAUCUCGCUGAGACUUUGAAGGGUGGCUAAGAAGUUGGUUUGUUUUAUUUAAAAUCAAAUGCAGGUACAGUCUCAGACAUGUUGAGGAAAAUCUGGAUCUUGUGUGCAGAUUAGAAAGAUAACAUAGUCUGUUCCUGCACAUACAACUGAGCCUCUAUCAACUCCAUAAAGAAGACUGUACGUGUGUGUUUGUGUGUGUGUGUCUGCGACUUGUCUCAUUUCUUUGUUUACACUCAAAACAGUGGAUUUAUUGCAGAAAGAUAAUCGUGAUUUGCCGUUAUGGAGAAGGUCACCAAGAGUUUGCAGGCGUAAGCCUUGGAGGAGAGACAACACAACAGAUUGGAAUUUAAAACAAGGAAUGCAAUCACAGCUGGGAUACCAGAUUCAUCAACAAAUGUGCCAUUUUUGGAGUGAACUUCAUUUUAUUUGAAUUGCCUCAAUUGCCCCCCCCCCCCCUGCAUUUCAACAUCCUAUUGACAAUAUUUUACCUGGAAUUAUCAGGGAAUUUACAGGAGAGAAUUAUUUUUCCUCUAUCUGGAAUACUUGUAACUCUUGUGCACAAAGUUUUACAGAUUUGAUUUUUCUGUAGCAGGAAGAAGCAGCCGGUCCCUUUAGAUUAUACUGUAACCUUAACGAGUGUAACACAAGCCUACUAAAGAGGAAAUCUCACAUUUCUGUAUGCUCAGGUAGUCUGCCCAAUGCCAGGGUCACCUUCACCAGGAAAAAUAAAUCCCUGGUGGCUCUCUCUCACACUACCCAUAAGACCUCUCUCCUCUUAGAGAGAGGUCUUAUGGGUAGUGAGUGGGUGUUAUCCUAAUGUUUAUACUGUCUGCUUGUGGUUAUAUAAGCCAUUUUUGUCCUCUUUCUCUUCCUCUACAUCUCCCUCCACUUGUUUAAACUAAUCUACCUUUACCUCUCCAACUGGCCGAGUUGUGUGUGUUACAUAAAGAUUCUUUGAACGGCUCUAGCUUAAGGUUUUUCGGCAUACUGGGGUGUGCGUUACAUAAAUAUUGUAGGGCAGACUGGAGAGAAGUACUGUACCUUGGAUGCUGUUUUUUUUUCAGGGUCAAGGAUACUUCUCUUUCAUGAGGUGCAGGUUCAGGAAGGCUGUGGUACUUGUCUGAACCAUCUCUCUGUUAACAGCCUCUAGAAUGAGUGAGCCAGUGUGUCUACUCAAACACACACACACACACACACACACAUAUUUGUCUUUGCAGUGGGUGGAUUACUCUGUAAAUACAGUACAGUUAGUGUGUGUGUGCGUGUUUGUUGCAGACAGUGUAACAUGCAUGACGCGGGCCUUGUUUUUCUAUACAACAGAAGUCUCCCUGUGGUCCAGCUGCUUGUUUACACUCACAAUCAUGCUAAUGUAUUUCUGAGGGUCACUGGGUUCAUUCAUAAACCACGGGACUGUGCCCUCCGCUGUCCUCCAUCAUGCAGCCAUCGCACAGCCCAUUAUUCACCCAUAAUGAUGUUAUCUUAAUAACCUCACAAUAACUACAGCACCCCUUGACUUCUUCAAUACCUCUAAUUUGUCAGCUUUCUACAACUUCACACUCUGUUGCCAUGGCAGCUUGUUCUGGUCAUGCCAUGCUUGGGUGACUAAUGACCUUUUGCUGUGACCUGUUUAUAGUUAAUAGAGACCUCUAGAUAAAGACAAAAACAGAACAGAAAAAAGCAGCUUCAAAUGACUACAGUUAUUAUCAAAUGCAGCAGAAACACUUUACCAGAUCAGACAUUUCCUGGAUCUGCCGUUCCAAAUGCACCUAUUAAGUAAAAUGGUCGUUUUCAAGAUUAACAUGGGUCUAAUUUGCACAUCUUUCAUACAGACGUGGCCUUUUUGUUUGUUAGUUUUUAUUUAGUUUAUGAUCCACAGCUAAACAGCAACCACACUAAAAAGCCGCAAAAAAAAACUUUGUCUCUUUUUGUGGAAAACUGCCCCCGGGUCAUUUUUCAAUGAAGUAUCUUGGUCUUUUAUUCUGGAAGGUUUUUAAUUUUUUUGGAAUAAUAAAAACAGCAAAGAGAAACAUCUACUUUUUUCCCAACCAAAAUCCCCUCUUUUCACCAUGGUAUUAAGAUUAGUAAUUGCAUGUUUGUAUUGCUUUGUUUAUGUAUUUUGGUUGUGGUUUUGUCCGAGUCAUUUGAAGUACCCGCCACACCCACGCCUGUGCUUCAAAUGUCUCUUCGUGUUUGUUGUAUUUAUUGGUGAAGUAUUGCAAAACACACAAAAGUAGCUACACUUUGAAUUUGGCUUAACUAUCCUUAAUCUGCCCUUUCAAAAAGUAUUUCAUGAACUAUUUAAACUCCAUGUUAACCUGACGAGAGAGGCUAACAGCUUAAAACUUGCAUUGUUAGAAAUCAUUAAUCGUACUUGAGUAGUAUAAACAGUUUUUACUUCCUUCCAGAUUGCCAUCCUCUUUCCACAAUUUUCUGUAUUUGUUAUGAAGAUUUAAAUGUCUUUGGGUGUGGUGUAAUUAAAGAUGCGCCGAUCCAUUUUUUUCUAAUCCAAUCCGAUAUCGAUACCUGGGCUGAGCGUAUCGGCCGAUAUCUAAUACUGAUCCAAUACGACUGUUGACUGAAUAAACUGUAUACCUUGCCCUGUGAGUGAAGGCAUCAUCCUUGACAUUAGUCUCGUUUAAAAAAAGGUAACAAAUUAACACAGAUGUAAAUUUACUUAAUAUUAUUUAUUAACAGAUAACAAAUUGCACAUUAACACACAGCAAAAAGAAGUAAGACUUCCAUGUAUUAAAAGAAAAAAAGACUGGAUCGGAACACUGGAGCGGCAUCAUUCAUCAGAUAUCUGAUCCAGCUAAUUUGUCAAUAUCGGAGCCGAUAUCCGAAUAUCCAAAUAUUGGAUCAGUGCAUCCCUAAGUGUAAUUCAAGUCAACUACAAGUGUCUGCCACACCCACACACGUUCUUUAAUAUUCUCAUAAUAAGUGUUGUAUUCAGACUUCUACCCCAAGAUUCCCACAUUAUAUCUUGUGCUGAAAUAUAACGUUUUUGGUGUAACAUCAAACAUGUAAAUACCAUUUUUGUUUGUGUAGCUAUCCCAUUUUAUGAGAUAAGGUGAAGAGCUGUGGGUUACAGCCUAGGCGGUAAACAGGUGAUUGGAGGCUACAUUCACUUCUUUGCCUGUGUGUUAGCCUGACCGGCUACAAACACACGGAUGACGUCACUAAGAAUACAUUAAAAUAAAGCAAGGCUAUUCUGGAUUUUGAAAUAUCUUUAUUCUGUAUGUCAACUCCUUCAUAGUUUAACAUCCCCUGCACAGCUGAGAGAGGGCUGAGAUAUUUGAAUUAUUUGGAAAAUACUCCCAGUGUGACAUCCAACUAAAUUUGGGCCAAUUUGAGCCCAAACAUCUGUCCUGGAGUUGGCUCUCAAACAUUUUAGUGGGCUCUCUCUCUCUCAUCUUUCUUAUCCUUUAUUGUUUCAUUAAUAACUUCCCUUAGCAACAAAGAGGAUUGAGAAUGAUACAUAUUUCUACUUGUACAAUGUGUUGGAAAGAAACAGGCAUUGUGUACUUGACUCAUCUGUAUCCCCAUGGGAAAUAAACAGCAACUAAAUCAGUUGUUAGCUCUGUGUGUUAUCUUUAAAGAUGAAAGGACACUGAAAACAAUGAAACCGCUGCCCUGGGCUUUCAUAUGAAGGGGAAAAAAAGCAACAACUGGAGCGAAGAAUGAGACCUUUGAUCCAUGCAGUCAGUUCCAUUGAGUUAGUCUGAGACGGUACCCAGAAAUAGAGAACACAUGGGGUCAAUGAAAGAAAAAAAAGAUGGCUCACAAAAGUGGUCUGCACACAGCUUCAGGACUUUCAUGGGGUAGCUCGCACAUUCUUGUGACUGAGUUAUCAAGAAAAAAUUUAGAGUUUCUUCUCACCCUGUCUCCGGUUUCCUGUGAGAAGACUCGCUUGACAUGCCAGUUUUAACACAAUGCGUCUUCCACUUGCAAAUUAUCAUUUCAGCCUUCAUUGAAACAGACAGAAAUUGCAACCUCAGAUUAUUUUAAGCAGAGAAAAUGACUACCACAACCAAAAAGAGGAUUUAUUUGGAUUUUCCACGUGGUCAAGCGGUUAAAAAGAUGCACACCAUUUAACCACAGUGGCCCAAUUUUAGAGACCUUUGGCGCAUGUCGUCCCUUUAUUUCGGCGUCUCAUUAAAACAUAGUUGUGUAAUAAUUUCUGCACACGCUGAAUGCUGACAAACAAAGGGCUAGCAGCUCGGCUAAAAAAAAAAAAAAAAAACUCAUGUUGGGAAUGUCUGGUGGCUUGUGUGUUUAGUUUUGGGCUACUGGCAGAGCUGGGUGCACAGUCACUGCAGCUCGGCCUGUCUGCUCUGGUUUCAUAAGCAGAGGGAGAAUGACCUAUAUAGAUCUCUGAGGGAGGGGAAGUCACCUUGUUGGUGGACCAGCGGGCAGGCAGGCUGGCAGGCAGUGACAAGGUUUUAAUGUGUGGCAAUAUUAAAGGGCUGAGCACUGACUGGAUGUUAAAGGAAUACUGGAGCGAGACCUCCUGUGAACUGCUUGUGCAAUUUUGGGCCAUAAACUCAGCGCCUCUGAGUGGAUUGUCUUUUUGUCCUCAAUGCUCCAAGUUUCACUAUCAGUCAUACUUGCAGUUGUAAUGGUUAUUGACGAGACUUGACAGAUUUCUACUAUAAUCUGUCGUCAUCAAUGCUGCUGUGUUAACCUCUCUAUAGUUGUGUCACUCUAUCUGUCUGUUUCCUGGUGGUCAGCCUUUCUGUCUGUUUUCUGUUUUCCACUGUGACUCCCUUUCUGUCUUCAUGUAUGUCUCUGUGUCCGCAUCUCUGUCUCUCUCUGCAUUCCUAUACUUCUCCCUCCCUCUCUGUAUUUCUGUCUCCAAGUGUGUCAGUCUGUCAUUGGUUUAGUCUGUCUGUCUGCCUACCAGUCUUCCUGUCUCCAUGUCUCCUUGAUCCUCUGUCUGCCUGAUUGUUUUGAGUAUUUCUGUCUGUCUGUCUGUCUGUCUGUCUCUCAUAUGGUCCCUUUGACUGUCUUCUGGUCUGUCUAUCUUUAGGGGUUCCUCUCUGUCCUCUUGACUCUUUGUCCCUUAAGGUCCCUGUCUGUCUUCUGGUCCAACUCUCAAUGGUCUGGGUCCCUUUUUGUCUUCUUGUCUCUCCCUCUUUUGAGGUCCCUGUCCGUCUUUCCUUCUGUCUGAGUUCAUGUCUGUCCUCUAGUCCAACUAUCCAUCACUUUGAGUCCCUACCUAUCCAGUGAUCUGUCGUUUUGUUUGUCUAAGUUUCUGUCUGUAUGACUGUUUUUCUGCUCCAUCCCUCUGUCUCCAUCUUUUUGUCCAUCCAUCCGUGUUUCUUUUAAUUUUCUCGCUAGUCUAAACGUCUCCCCCGUCUGUUUGCCUUCAGGUAUGUCUUUUGUCCUCAUGUUCGUCCACUAGUUUGUCUCCAUGUUUACUUCAUGGUUUGUCUGUUGUCUCCAUGUCUGCCUUUCGAUUUGUCUGUUGUCUCCAUGUCUGUCUUAUUGUUGUGUCGUUCAUGAACUUUUCGUUCAAAGAGCAGAACUGCUGAGUGAACGACGUAAAUGGAAUAACUCCGAGACCUGAUUCGUUCCUUUCUCAGUUCAGUUGAGCUCGCCCACAAGCCUGACAUGCCGGUCGGGAGUGGAACUGCUGCCUUUGACUCUUUGGCGAACAACAUACAGCAACCAGCCAGCGAGCGGGAGGGCGGAGUCUCGUGAUUUGCUCACAGCAAACAAAUGAUAGGUAUCAGUCAGUCUAUAAACGAAAUAAACGACUUCUGAAUGAUUUGAGGUAGGCAGAGGAGGGAGGGGUGUAGCGUCAUUCAUUCACUGAGGCUGAGAUAAAACAUUGCAUUAUAGUGCCUUUGCAUUAAUACAUGUGUAUACACUUUCCUGCAAGAAGGAUUUAAUUUUGGCCAAUUUAAAGAAAUACACUAUUUGAUAUCUUCAAAAGUAUUAGUAUAAGUAUUAUUAUAAAAGUAUAAUCCUUGCGACAGCUGCAAUGUUUAUUUAUUUUUAAUCUCCCACUUUCCGCGGCAUUAAAGUAUGACAACUCGUAAACGAGUAUAACAAGUAUAAAAGAACGCCGAUACACAGAGAGUUACGUUUUUCAGGGCAGGGGAGUGAUUCUUCCAUCAGAACUUGACGAAUGAACGACAAUGAAUGAUGCUGUGACUCCAGCAGCAGGGGAGCGGAGGGACUCAUUCAAACUCACUGGUGUUCUUCACCAGCAAGAUGGGGCUCCGAAGCACUGAUUGAUUCACUGAACAAAUCUUUUGAACGAAUCGUUUUAAUGAAUGGAUUCUAAAGAUUCAGUACAGUCAAAAGAACUGUUCUUACCAUCACUAGUCUGUCUUCUGGUUAGUCUGUUUUUGUUUUUUCUCCUGGUCUGCAUCUGCAUUCUCCCACGUUGUUCCUUUACCUCGUCUUUCUGUCUCCAUCUCCACUGUCCUGCUCUGUCCUGCUCUAUUUGUCUCUGCCGAUUUCUCUACCUCCUGAUUUCCUAUGUUUUUGGCCAAACUUUAGCAGGCAGACGGCUAAUCACUCAUGACUCGUGUUCUGCUUGAGGUUUCUGCCUGUGAGACACUUUCUUCCUCCUCGCUGUUGUAAAGUUCACGCCCAUGGUUGCUUAUUGUUUGUUCAUUUAUAUAGUAUAGGGUCUGAUCUAAACCUGCCCUUAAAGUAAUGUUUCAAGAGAUAACACUUGUUAUAAUUUGGUUUAACAAUAAUAAUAAUAAUAAUCAUGAAGUCUUUUUUUCUUGGCUGAUUUGUUUCAGUGUGAAAAGGUAAGUGAAAAAAAUCAGGGGAUUAACAUGCUAAAAACACGUCUUAACAUGGAUUGGGUUUACACACAUACACAGGCUCUCACAUUAGCUGAAACCACGGGGCCCGGUGCCAGAAAGAUCCAGUCAGACAAACACCUCACCAGAGACUCCUCUAAGCGUCCUAACAAAUUGAAUGUGUGUGUAGAUGGACAAGAGGGAAUUAGAUCAGUGGUCCUGAUUGUAUCUGAGUGUGCUGUAGCUGUACCCCUUUCCAGCAAGUCCCCUGGAGGAAAUGUGUGUGCAUGAGAGAGAGAGGCAAAGAGAGGGACAGGGAAGAGAGUGAGAAAGAGAGAGAGAGAGAGCCUGGCAGCUGGUUUGAUGAAGGAUGUAAGGAGAAUGUUAACCAGACAAUCACCUUGCAUGUUAUUGAUUGAGAAGGGAGAGAGGUAAUUAGCACAGAAAAGAAGGGGAAGCUGAGGCCACUUUCAAUGUUUUGAUACAAGGUGUUCUCACUUUGUACCCAUCUACAUAUUUGUCUUUUUUCUGUUUUUGUGCGUGUGUGUGUGUGUGUGUGUGGAUGUUACCCAAUAUGGAGGGUAAUGUUCAAAUUUAGAAACUGCAUUUCCAAAACAAUAACAUACACAUAAACUUAAUUUCAUGUCUUAAUGGUAAAAGUGUGUUGACAAAAAAAUGUAAAUACUAAAUAAUUCUGUAUAGUUUCUUUGACAGUAGCAUAGAUUAGUAGCUUGUUCUUAUGUAACUGUUAAAUCCUAGUUUUAUACAUAGGGCCUUAUUCCUCACGUGUUUUGUUGCUCUACUCACCAGCUAGAUUUUGUCAUUUUUAGAGUUGCAACUACAAAUUAAUAUCAAAUAAUUUGCAGCUACACCUCAUCAUUAAUAUAUAUGUUCUAUAAAAUAUUAAAUAAAAUAUCUUUUACUGUAUUUAGUGACAAAUAAAGAUAAGCAGAUCCUCAUGCCCCAUAAUAAAUGAAAAAUCCAAACAAAGGGUGGCAAUUAAAAGCUAAAAAGGGUUGAUCCUGUUCUUCCAUUGUUAACAGUUACAUAGCAGAUAACUGAUACUAUAAAAUGACUUAAAGGUCCACACUAAGGCCAAUUAUCUUGCCUCCUUGUUUUUCAGAUCCACACUUAGGUUAAAGAGGGACUUCCUUUAAUUUUAUUUAUCACUUUUGCCCUUUUUAUUUUAUUUUUUUUUUCCUGAUCCUACUAACAAACACACAAUCCCAUGGCUUUAAAAUAGGACCUCUUUGCAGAAGUAUUGAACAUUUUCGAUGAAACAUCGUGCGUAGGGUUUAUUUUGGAGCCUUUUGAAUUUCCAAAACAAACUUUGGAACAAUAUUCUUAAUGGCGACAGUUUUCUCUGACUUUACUCAAAAAUCUCUUGGCGUUUUUACAGUUUCAUGAUUAAUAUUAAGUGUGAAUUUAAAGUUUUUGUGAGAAGCUUUUUAAAGUUUCAUGAAACAGAUUUAAAGUCCCAUUGAUACCUCUUUAUGAUUUCCAAACGCAAACAAGAUCAUCAGCAACAAGACUGACACUUUCUAAAUUACCAUUUUUGCUGUCCGAAACUGAUACGAGGAGGGGUAAAUGUCAACCAAGCAGCUGAAGACACAGCCCUAAAAUAAUCACAAUAAAUGAUACAGUUGACUGUCAGAGGUCAACCGUUUUUUUUCUGUCAAAAGACACUGCAAGGGCAUGUAGAGGACAAUAUAAUAAAGCCUGCUUCAUCCACAUAAGGGGUACCAAAUUGACCUAAUAUAAAAGUUCCUUACAGGACCUUUAAAAAUAUCAAUUUAAUCUGGUGAUAUUGGGCUGCCAAUUUAUACAUCAAACUCAAUUAUCAUUCAGUAGCAUGCCAUCAUUAUUAUGCUUAUAUUACUUUGGUGUAAUGUGUACCAAAACCAACGACAUCUGGUCUUUAAACAGUUUAACAUAACUCUGUUUCUGUCACUUGUCUUCCCAAGUUGAACAGGGCAGACAAAGCAGAAGUCAAACUGUAUGAGAGUGAUUGUAAAGUAGGAACUAUCAAGGUUAUGUAAUUAUUAACUAGCAUAUACAGAUCUGAGGUGGAAUUAUUCAGCCCUCCUUUGAGCGUGUUUUAUUUCUUCAGACACUGCAGUAAACGGCUCUGAGUCACCUUCUUUGCACCUGAUAGCAGAUUAAAUAGACAGACAGAGAGACAUCCAUUACCUUUGGCAGCUGCUGUAACUCUUAACUAAUUCGCCCAUUUAGCCAUGCAUCAGUGAGAACAGGCUGCACAUCCCGAGCUUUAAUGGUCAUGUAAUAAUGGUCUGAUCAGUCAGUAGUGAAAGCAGCUCAUGAUGCCAAAGUAAACACUGACUGGAAUCAGGUAAAACUUCAGCUAACAUUUGAGUGAUCAAUUAAGUUUCCUUUUGGCAGUGGGUCGGGGUAAAUAACAACCUAAUGCCAUGCUACGUUCAGUACAGAAGCUCAAGAAAAUAUUAACCUUCAACUCUGACUUAUAACACAGUAAACUUCAUUGUGGUCUAAUUCAAUUCCUUUUUUCAGUGCCUUCCUCUUUUUAUCCCGGAGAAGGGGACAAGUGUUUUGGAUCCGACUUAAAUUUGACAUCCUGCUUUGUGUCUCUCCGCUUAUUGAAUUUGAAUAAUCUCCUUUAUAAAUCUGUCACUGUCAUCUCUGUGAGCUCGGUGAUGCUAUAAAUCAGCUGAGUGCAAAGCCCCCCCUGCUCUUGGCUGGCAGACUUAUUUAUGGCUAGCCUCAUUGCUCUGCUACUGUACUGCUGGUCGUAAAGUCCAGGAAUGUAUCAUGGUCUGCAUCAGGCUGUAUACGUCUGUUAGGGGACAGUCUGCUCCAAGUUUCUCCAAGUCCAAUGUUAAGUUUAUGUUAGUUUAAUGUGUCCAAAAAAUAAUAACAAUUUAAUGUGUUUGUGUCUUUCAGCUCCCCACUGAGACAACCGUCCUCGACAGCCAAAGUGUGUCUGGUCUGUGGAGACGAGGCGUCAGGGUGCCACUACGGUGUGGUGACAUGCGGGAGCUGCAAAGUCUUCUUCAAGAGAGCGGUGGAAGGUAUGACAAGAACUGUCUAAAAGCAAUGAUGGGUCAUGUCUUUUCUAGUGAGGCUGAAAAAGAGCUGAAUGAGUGUAAUUUCAAAAUUGUGCAAAUACAAGGGUUAGCUGCGAGGCUGUGGGGCCAAACUUUGACUCAUUUUUACUUUGGAAUAAAAAGGGCUGGAAAAAUGACUUUAAGUAGUCAAGGUAGAUUUUUAAAGUGCAGAAACUUCCAUUUAUUUGAACCAGGAGUCCUUCUGCAUUUGCUUAUAAUUUCCAUUGUACUACAUGUCAUUGUUUGUGGUGCGUGGGUCAUUUAGUGGUAAAACUUUAUUUACUUGGGCUUAUAAAUGUAAAAUGAGAGGUAAUUUAUUUUAAGUUGCCUUUUCUCUCUCUUGGGUCACAGUGCACAUACCAGCCACUUUAAAGACAAGUGUUAAAAGAAAAGAAAAUCAUUUCUGACUUUCACUGUUUGGAAAAAAAUGACAUAACUUACUCAGACUCUUCAUCUAAAACUAAUAUUUGUGUAACUGUAAGAGGAGAAAGCUUCUGCGCCCAAUUUAUUCUGUAUUGUAGCAAGUUUCUUGUAGAGUUGCUUUGCCAAAAUAGUUUCUGUGAAUAUUAAGUAAUAUCACUUGAUUUCACACUUAUGGCCGUUUGGAUUGUCUCAUGUUUUGCUCACUUGUCUGUGAAGAACGAUUUACAACAAGUAAGUCUAAAUCUGUGGGACAAGACUGCAGCUUUCCCAACCAGAAAAUAAGAAAUAUGCAUAUACAGUUAACUCUGCUCUGACUAAAUGCCCAUUCAUUUAUUUCAAGAAAGUCUUUUUUUUCUGCAAGAAUAUAAAGUACAGAGAUCAAACAUCCAAAUAUGGUGAUAAGAAUCCCCACCGCUUAGGCAAAGUAGUGAUUUUAAAAGAUUCACACCAGCAUCUGAUCAAUAAAACUGCUGUUAAAUGUCAGUGGACUUUUCACUCAUUUAUAUUCUCUGAAAGAUCAUUAAAAUAACCAAAAACAUUUGCUGCUUUAGAUUUAUAGACUUGAGUGGCGUGUUGAAUGAAAUCAAAACAUUGAGUGGGUAAUUCUCCUGCUACAGGCCCUUUCUGUUAUAUUUAGCUGGGGGAAAAUCAGCAGCAGCCAUAAUGUGCUUUUCAUUUGGUGCCUGUUGCCUGAGGCGUUGGCCUAACUCAUUAAGAGGAGUGUUUGAAUGCAAAACAGCCGCUCACAGAUCCAGGCGGUGCAGGCGGAGGGAAGAAAGCAAACACGCCUGACAGCCAGCCGUCAGGCCCUCUAGGUGUUUUCCUGACCGUUGGAAGAGUUGCAUUUGUUCACAAUCAGAUCAUGCCUUAAUUUUGCUGAUAUUUGAGCGGCAUUAUUACAGAGGCCUGAAACCAGGUUACGUGUCUGGGGUUAUCCAAUCAGACAUGGCAUCGCUCUUGUUCUGAGCACGACCGCGAUAGCCUUUGGCAGAUCGUCGGCCUCUGAAGAGUUCAAAUCUCUAAAGGCUUUUCCAUUAUGUUAUCAAACUCUUACAUGACUCUUCUGUAGAACGUUAUUAUUUUUAAAUCGACUCAUUAAUCGCGUGACGCCCUCGUAUUAAAGGCAGCGCUCUUCAUUUCGAACCUUUUUGCAAGUGUGUAUCUGUUUCUGAUUUCCUCUUUGGCCCGCCCCGCCAAACGACUGCAACUGUGCAAACUCUGUAAGUGUAAUAAGGGCGGCCCACACAGGCCUGUGAUGUCAUCAAGGUUGUGUGCACGCCCUUCUGAAGUGCAAAGCGAGCUGUUACCUUACUUGACCCCUCCACAGCUGCUGCUGAGGUGGAAAGAAAGAGAGAGAGAGGAAGAAGAGAGAGAGAGAGAGAGGUAGGAGGUAGAGGGAGGCAAAGGAUGAGAGAGAAGGAUUUUGCAAAGUGAAGAGAGAUAGAGGACAGUGAAACAGAUACAGCGAAGGCGGGGGGGAGAGGUGGGGAGAGGAAGGACAAAGAAAAAGUCAGACGCAGACAGAGAGAUAAAGAGAGGAGGAGCUGAGAGAGAGAGGAGAGGAAGAAUCAGGGAGAGGGGUGGAAAGCGAUGUGUCAGCAGCGAGUGCCUGAGAGGUGUAAGCUAGGACGUGAGGAGACGUUUUACUCCUCCCAAAUCCCGGUAUUUCCUCCUCCUUCUCCUCCUCUUUCCUCUCAAAGUUAAAAACGUAGACUAGGCGUGUAAGAUAUAAAAGAAGACUGCAGAAAGUGGGCAUCUGCGCAAGGGGGAUAAUCCAGCCCAUACUUAAUUUAUUUUGGCACCCCCUGCCCCGGGGGACACAACUUUUCGGUCGUCUGUAGCUCAUUAGACGACUAACUGGCUCUCAGCCUUUACUACAGAGCUAGUUAGCAUUCUGGAGUCAAACAAACCAUUAAUACUGCGGAGGGUCUGCUUUCCUCUCAAACCAGGACCAAACAAAGCAUUGUUAGGUAGCUUUUUUUUGACAUCACCGCAGCUUGGCACACUUAUUCUUUAAAGUCUGUGUUUUAGGUUUACAUUUGGACCAUCUGUUUGGAAUAUCUACUGGCCACAUGGGCCUCUUAAUGUCCAAAUCUGUGCACUUACAGUCCUCCUCAAGGGGAUGAAUAUUCACUCCACUUAAUUUUUGUCUUAUCUACCAGAAGGCAGAGCCAACUGUACACUAUAAAAUCUAUAACCGCGGUCCCAGGAAACAUAUAGAAGCACUAAAUUAUGCACAGUGUUCACUUGGCUGCAAGCUUUAACAUGCUGGCCUCAAUUUAUUCUUGGAGAAUUCACAUGCACACACAUUUAUUUCAUAAAAGAAACAUUCAUCAAAACCCCUUAAAGUGCUCCAUUUUAUUUUAUGCAGUAUGGCAGCUGUAGUCCUUGAACGUUUUCGAUGCUUUUCUAAACUAAACAAACAUAGAAAAGGGGUUAUGACUUCGAUGAGGCGAACAAGUUUUGCAGCUGUUUCGCUACUGUUGACUCAACCGUCUCAUGCAAACAUGCAGCCAGUGAACAGGCUCUAUUGAAAUGAAGGAAUUCUUCAGUACAAACAAUUUCAAUCACUGUGGGAAAAAAAAUGCCCUCAAACACACCGACAGUUCAUAAAUGUGUGUUACAUCACUAAUGAAAUGUGGAAAUAGCUGAACGCAUUCAUAUGUGCUGCUUUCCUGCAUGCACUCCACUAAAGAGCAGUUUGUUGAUGUAAGACAGCUGCACUCAAUAAUGGACUCCAUGUGGAGCGCAGUUGAAGACUUGAACGCAGCCUUAUUUUUCACAUGUCAUCAGUGGCUUGGCAUGUCUGGUCUUUGUAAUAAUACAAGGUCCUGCUUUUAGCUCGCUCGUUGUUUUUCCUGUUCUCUUAUUGAACUGAGGGGUUUACAGAGACGUAAGUCAGCCUUGUUAUGGCCUCACUGUGUCCUGCAAUGUGACUGGGUCGUGGUUUCCAUAGUGCUGGUGUCAAUCUAAGAACCCAUUCUUUGGUACCGCCUCUGUGGGAGAGUUCAUCUGAGGACGCGGCUUGCUGUGUUUCUGCUUAGAGUGGCGGUUCAGCCAUCCAAUCACAUUCCUCCCAGCUCAGGCUGGGGGAAUUAAGGCCUCCCUCCAGUGCAGAGUGAAUGCUUCAGGUUGUGUGCAUGUGUGUGUGUUUGUGUGUGUGUGUGUGUGUUUAUGUGUGCAUUUGAGUGUGCAGCUCAUGUAACAACUACUGGAGUGUUGCCAUAAAGCAGUGUUGCUCUGAUCUCAGCUCCCAGACACAUGCCUUAUAUAAAAGCUCCUCUCAUUAGAAACUGCAUUUAUGCAACAUAUAGGCACACCUUUUUAACAGGAACACAUUAGCAUGGAAGCAUGCACGUGUUCACCUCUCCAUAGGUAGUAGAGGUACUCAGGUGCACAACUUCAGGUAGAACUUUAAUCUGUAAAGCUCACUGUAAGUAUGUGUGUGACCUACAUUGCUAAAGCAUUUAGGUUGGAGAAUGCAGCCUGGGGAGGGUCUCUACGGCAGCCCGGAUAUUUAUUUACUGUUACAGUAUGAGUGUGAGCUCAUCCACUGCUUUAGCAAUAAACUCAAGAGCUGCAGUUAAUAACUAUGCUUCUGAACAAGCACAUCUCCCCGUUGCUUUUUUUGCUGUGGUUUCUUUAACCUGCAAAGAAACUACCUGUGUGUCAGUGUAAUUUACAGUUAUAUAAAGGAGACGUAUGUAGCCUUUCUUUUGCAUAUUUGUUUAAUGAGUUACACAAAUGUAUACUUAUGCAAGUCUCUCAUAUCUAUUUACAUCAUUAAAUGCGUAAUCCACGCUCAGCCUAAUUGCCUUCGGCGCCAUGCUAUACUCUACAAAUGGCAACUUUCUUUUCUUCCCUUCUAAAAUGAAAGGUAUGCUGUAUGUUUAGUGCUGGUAGGAUGACAUAACUCAGACAUAUAUGCACACACUACUUCCUCCAUGAUCUCAGUUGCCCUGACCCGGGUCGACCUGCAGGCCUGCUGGCUCUGCAGAGGAUAUAAUCUGACCUCCAUCUCUUCCUGCUCCCGGUGAUACCUUUGUUCUUUGACAUUAAUGCAAAAAGGAUCCAGUACAGUCAGAGGGUCACACCUGUUGUGUUCAACCAAAUAAGCAGUGACAAUCUGAUGGGGGUUAUCAGUAUGUCCACUGGGGAUUUGUUUGUAAAAGACACAGUACAAGCUAAGGGUUGUUACAUUACUGUGUUAUACUGGCACAGACAUCUUGCAGAGCUGCAUUAACUCUGCUUUAAAUGAUACAACCAUGUGCAUUUGCUCUAUUAAAAACAAUAAUGCGGAAGACAAGGUGAAGGAAUCAAAACCUGUAUCAAAUUAUUUCAUUCUGAUCUCUCGGACAGGCAUUCACCUAUAGUUUAAAUGAACAUAAAACGUUUUUAGAGAAGAGGCUGGAAGAGUUUUAACCUAAAUUUAUCCAUCAGAUAACAUGCAGUUUUCUUAUUUGCACUGAUUCAUGCCAGAAUAACCUGACAAAUAUUAGUGUGGUGCUUUCUGCUGGGAGAUUUAUAGUGCUUCAAGAAUACUAUACUGUUACAUUUCAUAUAAUGAAAAACGAUUAAAUGUUUAAUGCACAAAGGCAGCUGAUUAGAAAUGAGAAGGCAACGUGUAGGACAACAGUUUAAGAUAGAACACAUUAUUAUUAGCGAAGGCAUUUGUAAACAAAUAACAGCUUCUAUUUACAGCAUAUUUAACUUCUGCAGCCUCUUUUUACAAUGAUCCAGGAAAACUUAAUCAUUUAGAGCCUCAUCCAGCACAGCUGUUUGUGUGUUGUCCAAAGAACUGAAGCAGCACAACUAUUGCAAGGCAGUGAUUUGCAUACCUCAGGCUCAGUGGUAACAACAAUUACGUCUCUGAGAGGCCUGUUUUUUGGUUGUUUGGUAUUUUCUUCUCUCUCUAAUUUAGGUUUUCCUGAAUGCAGCCACAAAAUUGACCAAAUGCUUUGUGAGGAGAUAAUUAAAUUAGAAUAAUCCGUGCGGCUGACAUAGUUUUCAGCAGAUCCUUUUGAAAGUCUGGGUCUGCUGUGGAGUUUGCCGUUCUAAUAUGAGGAUCUACGAGGAGCAAGUCUCUUCUGGAGUUAGCGCCAAGUGGUCAUUUAAGGAACUGCAGUAUUUUUACCAAUGAAUUUGUGCAACUUAUCAGCCAACAGGUUUAUUGCUGUGUUGUCUGCAUUACUGGCUUGCAACUGAGAGAUCUGAAACCACCACUAUAUUCCCUCUCACAGUAGUAUUAUUGAUGUGGGUCAGCUACUGUUUCUGAGAGGCUAUUUUCACAACCACAGGGCUCACCACUUGUGUCUUGUGGCUUUUUAAAACUGUUUAGUUAAAGGCUGCUUUUAACAAAGCCUUUAUUCGGAUUUCAGAUGCGGUGUGGCUGUGCAGGUAGCUGAACUACUGCAGGGCAGAUAAAUCUUUAUUAAGUGAGUGACCAAUAGGAGAGAGUGUUUCCUUUUUAAAAAAAUAAGUCCUCAUAAGUGAAACUUUCUGGAGCUGACAUUCAACAGGGACUACUUAGUCGGUUGUGGCCAGAUUGUGAGAUCAUUUGCUCUUAAAGUAGACAUGAGUGUACUCCGUUAAAUAACCAAUGAUGACAGAGAGUGCAAUGUAGCAGAAAACAGGCAUUUUUUUUGAGCGAUGUCAAGUUCAAAAUAAUCUCUGAGGGAUAUUUAUCUUCUUCAAGGAGUUAUUCACAAAUGUCAAGUAAGUAUUUGGCAAAAUUGAAUUUCCCAACUGUAAAAAAAAGAUGCUGUACAUGCAUGUGGACCUGCGAGAUCAAAUAAUCCUCACUUUGCACAAGAGAUAAGGAUUUUUAAGAAAUUAAGGACCAAAAAAAGUUCCAGCUACCAGAAGCCUCCCAUGUGCUGAGGCGAUAUGCUAAUGCACAAAUGCAGAGGUAAACAUGCUGUGCAAGGGCAUGUGAGUGUAUGCACACACCGUGCAUAGAUAAACAACUUCUCUCCCUUUCAGAUGCACACACAGUAUCCCGCGCGCACACACACACAGCAUCAUGCUGUGAGUUUGGCUGUCUCAUGAAAUGCAUUUCACUCCUACAAUUAUUAACAAGAUUCACAGGAAUGAGCAACAUAUUUGACAUGAAGGCCCCAGAGUUUGCAGAGUUGCCAUUUGGCCAGGCCUAUCCGAGCGAGAGUGUGUGUGUGUGUCCAUUUGAUUCAUGUGUGUGUGUCUGUGUGUGUUCAUGUGUGUGUUUGUGCGUGAACAAGGGGGGGUUGGAGAAGGGGGACGGCUGCGUUGUGUUUCCUGUGUCGCAGUUUACUGUUUUUUAGAGCAAGAAAAAUGGGCUUAUGUAACGGUCAUGUGAUUUAGCCAGAAAUAGUGGUGGGGCUACAGCUGCUGCCUCUCCUCCUGCAGCUCGGUUCCUUGGCUUUUGGCAGCAGCCAGACAGACACACUGCGCACAAGUCCUGCUCACUCAGAAAACAACUUCUGCUCAGUCCUACACACAAACACAAAUACUGUACUGUAGAUGCAACAAAGGCAAUGCACAUAAUGUGUGUGUUCGAGCGCAGUGCAUGUAAACAACACACAGGCUUUGGUGCUAAAACAGAAGAGCAUGAGCCAGAAAUCUCUAAAGUAAACCAUACAAGAUGCAAGAAGAUGUGAACGGUAAUGCAAACAUGUACAUGCAUACAUUCCUAUAUACAGCCAGACAUGCACACACAGUUUUAUGGAACCAAGCCAUGUACAGGGGUCACUGGGGUCAAUUUAUCGUACUAUACUGCUCCAUCUGGGUUGUGUCCUGCUUUUCAUAAGUGUGUAUUAGUUUGUGAAGCAGAUACAAGAUUUGCACUUUUUUUUUUCAAAAUUGCCAAGUAGAGCAGCAUCGGCUCUGUGUGAGUAUGUACAUGCAUUUGUGUGUAUGCGAGUGUGUGUGUGUAUGGAAGUGUGAGAGUGAAUGACUGUACGUGUGCGCCUGUGUGUGGGCGGAUGGCGCUCUGAGGCUGGCGGACGUGUGGAAAAAGGGAAAAAGGAGGGAUGGAGACGCAGGCGUACAGAAGGAGAAAGAGUGGGGAAUGAAGAGGAGGAGGUGGAGGAAGAGGAGGAGGAGAGGAGCUGUACAGUGAAGAAUUAGUGGAGCGGAAGGAAGCGCUCUGCAAUGGGAGAUCAUUGGGUUUAGCUAAGGGCUAGGCAGGAGGCAGGAGGGGAUUCUCGCCAUGUUAGCAUCACUGUCAGGAAAAGUCGAGCUGCAGCCAGUGUCCUGGAUCUGGCAAAUAUUAAUACUCCCAUGCCACAUACUGUAAAAUACACCAUUAGUUAUGUAUUACGUAAUGUGAGGACAGAAUAAUCACUAUUUCAACCAUGUCCGUAGAGGUGAUCAGUAAAGUAGAUGUCUUACAUUUCCAGAGAGCUCACGUUGCUUCCAUGCUGACCUACAUAAGGCAAGCAGCAAACUCUCCGCCGUUAAUUCAAAUAUUUACUCCUCCUCAUGUUGGCAAAAGUGUACAAAAAUUAUUCAGUACCGCAUCAGCUAAGCUUCUUUUUUCUCAAAGCUUCACACCCCUUUGUAAAUAUCAGUGCUGUUUCACAUCAGUCUGCACGUACUGACUCUGUUUCUUGUCUUUCUACAGGUCAGCACAACUACCUUUGUGCAGGGAGAAACGACUGCAUCAUUGACAAGAUCCGCAGGAAAAACUGUCCGGCAUGUCGCGUACGGAAGUGUCUCCAGGCCGGCAUGAACCUCGGAGGUGAGGAGUCACAAACUCAUUACAGAUUUGCCCUGUCACGAGUCUCAGACGUGACAUUUGAGUCAGCCUCACUCUGCUUACAAGAAAUUGUUGCUAUGAAAAAGUGGGUCUGGUUAUAGUCACAAGAGGCCCGAGGAUGCUGAGUCAUAAGAUGUUUGUGUGUAUGUGUGUGCAUAUGCUAUAUCUGGGCACAAUAUGCAUAAUGCAUCCACAGAAGGUGUAGGUCUACUGUACUAUACACAAUACCAGCUGACAGAGCCUGCAGACAACUUACAGUGUCGGGUUUUUAGGAAAGACUUUGUAGUUGCGAGGGAUGUGGUAAUGUAUUCAUUUGUUGCCAGUGGCUCAUUCUAAUUCAGGUUGCUGUGGCAAGCACAAGGCUAAAAGCGUACUUGAUAGGAUUUCAGACCAUAAGAGUUAUUGAAAUUACAAAUUAUUCCUAAUAUUAUACCCUCAAGUUAUCUGAAUUUAUACAGCAUGAAUUUAAAUGCCAUGAAUGAUAAUGUGAGUUUUAAUGUAAAUGUGUAGAAAAGUCUGUCGUAGUAUUUUUUAAAGAUCUCCCCUAUAAGUAAACAAGGGUGACCAGAGGGGAAGAAACAUUUAUGCAGCUGCUGCUGUUGCUGAAAGUACACUGGGUUCUCUGUGUAAUGCAUUAUUUGUGAGUCUUCUUAACAAACCAAAUGUGACAUUUUUGCAUUUUGGGAUGAUAUGUAUCCAUAGGGGCAGAGGAGUUACUGUACGCCACAAGAGAAGAGCUCAGACUUUCAUAAAACCUACAUGGAAUUAUCAGUCUAGUUUUGCAACUUUCCUUGGUUUACUUGACUUACAGCCAAAAUAAGCCAUUUAAGGAAAUAACGGUCAGCAUUUUUUUCCUGAUCGUCACGUUAUUUUCAUGUUUUUUCUCUAACUUCCCCAUGACACUUUGACAGAAAUCAACAUUUUUUUGUCAUUUCACAUUUUAGCGGUUUUAUCUGUUUAGACAGCAGUGUCAGAGCAGUGAGUAUAAAGUGUUUCAAUCCUAUAAAAAAAAUCUGUGGGCAGACAUUGUGGUCGAAGCUAAACUCUGAUUACAGGAGUUAGGAUUUAUGGGAUUUGAUCCGGAUUCAACCUUUCUAACAAUUCUUAGAAAAAUUUAUUGUAAGACCUUGAUCAGGUAGGAGUUUUCAAGGGGCAUUUCCUGACUCUUUUGACAGGGAUGAUCAAAUAGGUGCAGUAAUAUAGCCCCAGUAUGUACGCGCACACACACACACACACACACACACACACACACAAACACACACACACACACACAAAGAUUAAGAGCAUUCACUUUGUAGUUGUGUACAGUUUUGGACAUAUUCAGAAAAUAACUUCUACCCCCCUGGCCACUCUCUGAAUAUGUCCAUGUAUGUUCAGCCUGCUCUGUUUGAUCAUUCGUUGGGUGUAUAAAUCUAUUCUUAAAUGACAUAAAGUGCAAGAGGACUAAAUAAAAAUCAAAAAAUCAUUACAAUGUGUUAAAGAGAGCUAGUAUAAACAUUUUCCCCUUUUAUUAUGUCAAUCUGAGAAGCUUUGCACGAUUUGCAGCUCAAAAAACAUUAUUUACUGAGUAAUAGUAUCCUUUAACCUUAAUUUUAUAUAUAGCCUGUGCAACCCUUUAUUUUGGUUUGCAGUCUGUGGUCAGAGCAAGCUGUUGUGGCUGUUGGCCUGAAAACUAAAACUAAAUUUUCCGCAGUUUUUACGAGACUAACGUUAGGACAUGAAAAAAAAGUGACUUUCCUACACAGCUAACACAACUUAGCACACGUGACAUAUCAAGAUAUAAUAAAUCAACUGAGUGGAAAAAUAGUGGACUUGUGAAGUCUACCUUCUCAGAAAGAAAAAUUGAAAGAUCUUCCAGGUGGGCAUGGCUUUGGAUGUUAUGGCUCAUCCAAUCGAACAGCCCAACCUGAUGUCAGGUUUAGGCCAAGUCUCGCAAUAUGUUGAAACACACAUCCAUGAGUUUUCCCCAAUUUCUGAGUAUCCCAUGCUUUGAAAUUUAGCAGAGGUUUAGAAUAGUCAUCCACCAUUUUUAUAUAAUGUUUUAUAUGCAUUGAAAUACAGAUUACUAUAGGAAAUCUCUUAACGUAAACAUUUAGAUGGAGAUAACUUCAGUGUUUACAAGCAGGACCACAAAAGCCAAUAAGAGAGACAAGCUUUGAAGAAGAUGGGAUAGCUGGCAGUGUUUCCAGACAACCAUAAAAAUCCUUUGGCAACCUCACAUAACAACAACUAUGAAACCUUUCUCCCCUCACAGCCUUGUCUGUUAAAAACAAAUAUUACAAACUUUUGUUAACAGAAUAAUUCAAUCAGUUGUUAUAAAAUAUGUAGAAAUUAGACACAUCAAUGUGCUCACCGCAAUGUCACUCAUGUUACAGUGGAAGAAAACAGGGAAGGAAGCAGAAAAAAUAUUUAAACCACUGAAGAUAGAGAGUCUCAGAGUAAAAAUUAGACCAUGUUGUCAGUGCAACACCAACAAUUGAAGUGAAAUGAGUAAUUCAAGACCAACAAUCCAGCGUGUGUCAAUCAUUAAUGGACACAGCGGUGAAGCAGCUGCUAAUCAUUUACUUACUGGUAAUACCAGCAAAAAAAAAACAUGUCUUGUAGUAAACAUCUCUUUGCAGUGAAAUGUUCUGUGUUGUUGAAAAGCAGCAGAUGACCAUGAGUCAUGAAUAAAAGCCUCAGGUUGCCAAUGCGAGUGGCUGAUGCGUAUUAGACCAGCAGCAGUGUAACCCAUUGAAGCUGAGCUGUUCAGAGUAAAUUCUAACAUGAAAGCAUGUUUUUUAAAAAAAAAGGUGGCAGAUUCUUAAAGUGGAAAUGUGAAUUUAUAAGUUAUCUUGCUAUGUUAGACAGAAAAUAAGUGAAUGUGGCUGUUUAUCCCAAGAUAAUAAGGAAACAAAAGGGAAAAUCAAUUGUUGAAGCCUUCAUGUUAAUAUCCCAGCUGACAAAUUACUGUGGUAUCUGACCUAAGGAAACCGGUUCACACAAAUGCAGCUCUGCUACAUUAAACAUUUAAGUCUAAAUUGUAUGAGUCCUACCUUUCUUUGCUUUAGUUCAUAAAAACUCUGAACAAGUGAAAGAAAUAAACUUUAAAAUUUACUUUGGAUGGUGAAGUAGCACCAGCUACUGCGGAAUCAAAAAAAAAAAAAAACGGCCAUACCAGCAAACUUCAGAGCGUAGGUUUUCAAAAUGUAGGCUUGUUACAUCAGAAGGGUAUUAGCUUGUGGUAGACAAAAAUACCACAUACCAGAAACACAAUGAAGAACAUAAAACCCCUGCAAAUAUUUCCCCGAUGUGUCAAAUUAUAGUACUGUUGAGCUGGGGGAACAUAAGAACCAUGGGAACUUAGGUACAUUUCCAACCCCUCAGUCACAAGCUAGCAAGAUGAGUCACAGUGCCAGUGCUAACAAUAAGAGCUGUAAUUUAACAGGAGUUCAAAUGUUAUGAUCAGAAAGCUGUAAAAGACAUUCAUUGUGCAAAGUUUUUACCUUUCACAAGCACAGAAAUCAAGCUGAGACACAGAGGUAAUCAACAGGAAUAUCAGCCGCAUAGCAUGCUAGCAAGAAAUGUCACUCAUUGUGGUUAGCUUAAGCGAUAUAUCUCAGGGAUCUAAAACUGUGAGAAAUCCUUGUUUUAGGGGGUUUUAACUGUGCCAAACACAGAGGCCAGGGGAGGGAAACUCAGUCUCCUGUUUCACGGUAGAAGUUGGGAAUAAGAAAGUGGAAUCUGACAACUACUUGUGGCAAACUGAUUUAGCGAAGCAGCAGCUAGCAUUUGCAGAUAAAGCUGAGAGCUGCAAAGUGCUAGCUUGUCAAUGGAAUGCUAUAUCACUAGUAGCUGUCAUUUAAACCAGUAAGUAAAGUUUAUAUUAACCAGUAUAGCAGCAGUGAUACUAACAUAUCAUUGAGCCUGCAAAGACAGCAUUUUAUCCCAGAAGGUGAUCACUUUGGGGUACAAUGUACAUGUGUUACUAUUGUUGCUCAGUCCAGCAGCACACCUGGUAUUGAUUGCCCAAGCAAGCUGUCAGGCUUCACUUAAUGAAUUGUAUAGAUACACAGUAUAUUGGUAUUUAUGUGUCUUUAUUUGUUAUUUGCUUUUUCAUUAUCCCUCAAAUAGUCCCGUCUGUGCACAGCUGAUCAAUACACAGAAGAAAAAAGAAACAUUAUUAUUGUGUUGUCAAAUAUUUGCUCUUGAUUUAGUUGGACUUUAUUUCAGAAAGACCAUGAGUCACACCUCUUAAAUUGAGAGUUAUAAUAUCUGUGGGUUGUUUUCCUUGAUUUACACGGCUUAUACAAAAUAGCGAUGUGGAAAUUUCAUCUCCACGCUUUUAGUAUUAAUAUUAGAAAUAAAGUGUUAUCAGUCCAUAUAUUAUUCCCAUUAAAUGUCAGUUAACAGUUGACAUUGUUAGCACAUCCAACAAUUUUUGCACCCAUGAGGGCUUCCUUUAAGUUAAACUGUACACUUUUAUAUAUAAAUGUGUGUGUUAAUGCAAUUAUGUCUUUACACUAUCCGUCAUAUAGCAAUUAUAACCUCAGACUGUGAAAGUUAGAGAUGCCACCAUCAACAACGUGUUAAUGAGGACUGUUGUGUUCCCCACAGCACGAAAGUCCAAGAAGUUAGGGAAGCUGAAGGGAGUCAGUGAGGACCUGCAGGGCGCUAAGGACAGCCAAACUGCCACAGGUGGUGUUGGAGGCGGUUACCUGUCCUCGGAGAAGGAGUUGAACGCCAGCGCUGCCAGUGCUCUGGUGCCUCACGGGCCUGGGGUGGUGGCACCUUUUUUGCCGCCCUCCAUCUGCAGCGUGUUGGAGCUGAUUGAGCCUGAAGAGGUGUACUCAGGCUAUGACAACACGCAGCCUGACACCACUGACCACCUGCUGUCUAGCCUCAACCGCCUGGCCGGAAAGCAGAUGGUGCGCAUGGUGAAGUGGGCCAAAGUACUUCCAGGUUAGUGACCAUAAGAGCGUCUAAAUGCUGUUUUACAGAGUUCUUAAAGCCUUAAUGCAUGGAAAUGAAAACCCCAUAACACAAGUUAGCUGUAUGGGUUAAUUUUUUAAUCAUGAAAUUGUGUUGCAGUAGAAAUCCAACAAUUCGGUGUCGACUUUUCUGUUUUUAGUCAAACAUUGUUUUUGACCAUGAACACUGUUACCAUUGCAUUUACUGUUUAUCUUGUAUGCAGACAAAUACAGCAGCCAACUUUUAUAUUUGGGUGAUAAAUUAAGAGGUUAAAGGAGUAAAUGUUGGAUCUAAUUUGGGGUACAGUGUUCUGUAUUGUAAUCUUUGUCUUGGAUUCUUAUGGAGGUUAUCCUGUCUACAUUUUUAUUUGAGAUCCUUAUAUUUUGAGCAUACCAGGCUGAUAGAAUUUUAGGCGCAUGUAACAUUAAUUUUAUAUUUCAGGUCAGGAAAUUAUUCCGUAAAGUGUCAACAGGAUUAAGUGGGGAAUCCUAUUUCACCAUUACAUAGAAUCAAGAUUUAUACUCCCAAACAGCCCUCAUUUACAUCAUGGUUGUAAGAUGUUGAGUUGAACGCAAGAUCUUGUGUCUAUCUCAUUAAUAUUUUACCUAUAAACCACAGCAGGGGAAGAAGAAAAUGUUUGAGAAGGGAUAAACAAGCUCCCCCUAAAUGCCCGUCAGUAGGAGACAUUUUGAAAGAUGCCUCACAGGUAGCUCUUUGAGGCUAUUUAAUUUGCUGUAUUGCAAAUAUUUGAUACCUCCACGGUGUCUGCUUGCCAUAUCCGGACAUAUAAAUAGAAGGAGAGCCAGACAGAAGGGUCAAAAUGAGUACCUUCGACUUUCAGAUAUGCCGCUGCCUGCAUUCGGAUACCAUUUGGAUGUGGCAGAGCUGACAUGCAGAGGAAUUAAACAUUGUUGUUAAUACCAUAUCCUCUUUGGAAAGUCAGACUUAAUAGACAUACCUCUUUUGAAGUCUGUUUACCUGUAAAAUUAUCCGAUGACACAUAACAAAGACAUCAAACUCUGAGUUCACAUUUUAAUUAUCAGCUUACCUUGUGCACGCUUUACUUUAUUAUUUGUAAACAUGCAUCAGAUAAACCUGUUCCACCUUUUCUUAUUUAACAGCUGUGUUUUGCAUAUUGAGUCUCAAAGCCUUGAUAAUUCACAUGCUUGUCCUCAGUUGGCCUUUGUUUUGCAUGAGGAAGAGUUAAUUGCCAGAGUUUGAUUGAGAGUUUGGCAAAUUUCCUAUCUGACUUUAUUUUUGGAGCUCACUGGACAAAGUGCCAAUAACUGGAGGCCUUGUGGGAUUUGCAUAAAACAAGAAUAGGUAAAUAACUCACAGUGGUUAUCAUGUCUAAACAAAUAUUGGCACAGGAAAGCACACUGUAGUGAGGAUACACAGCAUGUUGUACGCGUAUGAACGUACGCACACCCAGGUACACAUGUGCAUCCUAAGUUGGCACUUAAGUCUAAAUGCAUUAGAUCUACGCCUGCUACAUUUACAUCUGUGUUCCCUGUGUGUGUGUGUGUUUAAGGUUUCCGGGGGCUGCCGAUUGAGGACCAAAUCACCCUGAUCCAGUACUCAUGGAUGUGCCUGUCCUCCUUCUGCCUCAGCUGGCGCUCCUACAAACACACCAACGGACAGAUGCUCUACUUUGCCCCUGACCUCAUCUUUAACGAGUGGGUUUCAUAUCUGCAGUAUACCACACACUCAACAUUCAUUUUACUGGAUUCAGCUUGUUCUGACAUUUAAAGGCCGAACAGUUAUUCAAAAUUUUAUUUGAUGCACAGAACUCAUUUUAUCUAAAUGUGACAGGAGCGACCAACACAGGAUGUUUUUCCUGUUUUUUUUAUGCAUUUCUGGGAAUUUGUGUAAAUGCACAUAUGGUUUAACAGUAUUGAAAUACAUUGGAUUUGUCUGAUGUCCUGUUGGAUUCCUAGGAUGCAAAAAUAAUCUAAUACAAAUGUGAAAGAGAAUAAUUUGCUUUUUUUCUGAGUAUGUAAUUAGUGGAUACAAUAAUUGGUUAAACAGUCAGGCUUUGACUAUUAGCGUGUUGUAGCAUCUGCUAUUUUCAGCAGCUCAUCACAUGCAAAUUUAUGCAUAAACAUCAAUUUUGCCAGUGGAAUUGGGAGAGUAAGGAGUGUGUUUUUCUGCUGUACUAUUUUGAGCGUUACAUUAACAUACCUGAAAUCUAUUUAUUUCAAGGGCCAAAGUCAGUGUUUGUGGCAAUGAUGUUACUUUUAGAUGCAAGCGCACUUAAAACAAGGUCAUAAUCUUGUCCCUGAUUUCUGGCACUUUACAAGAAAACACUGUUUUAUUAUUUCUUGAUUGCUGCAGGCGCAGGCAAUCAAAGCACAACAAGGAAGUCAAUGGCCCACUUCAUCCCUGCUAAUAUGUUUGAACAAGAGAACAAGUGGAAAGGAAGUGCAUGUGGGCCUUUCCAGUUUGAAGUGCAGAGCAAGGCAGGUGAUGAAUUAAUAUGUUAGAUAGCAACCUCUGUUGGCACCUUGCUGCAGAGAUGCAGGUUCAGGCAGGGACAGGUUUGAACGCUCCGACUAAUAGCUUGUGUAAGUCAGUGUCAGUAGGUCAGUUUGUUCCCAACCAAUAAAUAAAUAAUUGAAAGCAGUGGCGCAAAUGCCAUUGUGCAACACAGCGUCAGACCCUGUGAGGCUGUGUUGCAUCACUGUGAGCUGGGUUCAGUUGUAGUAGUUUAACCUCACAAGAGAUCCUCUGAUCCUUUAAUCAGUUUAGCCACAAUUGAAUAAUAGUCUAUUAAGAGUUAUGUAACGUUAUGUGUAAAGAUAAACGUUUAUUGAGCCUCUGUUUGUUCCGUUUGGCGGUUUAUGUAUAGAAAAGUUCUAGCAGAGGAAAUAAAUAAUUGUGUGUUCAUUCUAUAUUGAAAAAAAAUGAUCUGCUAAAUUAAGAUAGUGUGCAGCAGGCUACCAAUGCUGCAUGUGGUGCAUUCACUGACAGAUGGGUCUGGUAUUCAGUCUGAUAGAGCAGAUAAGAUAUAGACUUGCCAGAGAUUGGGGUGGCAUGGAUUUUGGUCACAUGCUUGCUGCUCUGCAAGGCAACCUUGACGGUACAUGCACCCUAGGUUUGUCUCUUUGAUCGUGUGUUUUCAAGUCAAAGUGUGUUGCCUGCUUAUUUCUAACAUAAAGCAGUAUAAAGUUUUUUCUCUUUUUUGGUAAUGACUGUAAGCAAAAAAAAAAAGUUAUCCGACACUUUACAGAGUUACUCAGUCUCUUGGGGGUUUUACUUUAGCAGCACAUAUGUGUUUGCUCACUUCGGGCAUCAUUGCAUGUCCUCUCUCAAGGCUUUUAGAGGAGAAUAUGUCAGCGGUUGAGAGUAAAUACAGCUAAAUAAAUUCAAGCUGCUCUUGAAUGCUAAAUUGCAUUCAAGAGCAGCUAAGCUCUCGUAAUCUAUGAUGACUAUUGGAUGCAUGAUAAAUGCCUUCAAGGAGUAAAAAAAAAAAAUCCUAUUUUUCAUUUAGGACAGUUGCAGUCAUACAGAGUAGAAUGCUAAUAUCAUCCCUCAAAAGCAGAAACAUCCAUUGAAAAGUGCAAAUGUAAGCAGUAGGCCAGUUAACCAGUUAGAUUUGACCUGCAAACAUCAGUAAGUUCAGAUGUUAUGAGGUUUGGAUCUUAUUUUUCAAUAUGUUUAAGAAAUGCUGUCCUUGGUUUGCAAGUUGCAGUCACUGUUUCCAGAUGAUUUAUAUUGUGUCACUGUCACCCUGCCAGCUGAGCUGUCAAUCAAACACAUACACCGGCCCACCCACACAGGGGCUUAAAGACUGUAAAGUAACAUUCCUGAUGACUCCAUGUACUGCUUUGGACAUGUUUUUGUGAACAAAUAGAAAUUUGUUGCACACUCGGUGCCAAAAGGUGGACUUGAACUUUCACUCAGCUUCACCUCUUCUUGAAUAUUUCACCAUCAAAACAGAAGAAGGCAACGAGUUCAAGUCAGCGAAGGAAAGACAGAGAGAAAGAGUGAGAGCGAGACAGAGAAAUAAAGAGAGAUGAGGGAGGGAGAAGGAGAAGGAGUGAAGGAGAGACAUGCCAGGCUGCCAGUUUUUUUUUUCCUUCCUCCUUCGUCCCCAAAACCAGCAGCUCAUUUUGGGCAGUGAUUCAGCAAAAAUUGAUUUCAGGAAGAGAGUGCGAGACUGGAAGGAGAGGGAGAGAAAAACGUGUGGAGACUUUAGAAACUCCAGCCCAAAGUUGUUUCAAAUGAUGUUAUGCUGCACUUUGCAAAACUGCUCACAUACACGCUGCUGCUCAGAGGGGAGACAGGUCUGCUCCCCUCCCAGACACUGUCACACUUUAUCAGUUAUUUAGGCUGGCAGACACAGCCAUAAGGUAAAUACUGUAAGGUAUUAUUCUGUCGUUUGCUUUAAUGGGAACAUUAUGCACUUGUUUUCAAUGUGUCCCCUUCCUAAAAUACUCGGCGUAGUUAUCGGAGUAGAAUCUCCUCCUUCACUGCGUGUGUAAUGAUGCGGUUACACGGUAUUGUGGGUAUAAAAGCUCCAGCCUCUUUCAUGUCAAGCCACACCACUUGUGUUUAAUUACUAUAGCCUCAAUGUGAUGGGACUUUAUAUCAAAAGAGAAUCCGCAUCUAAACCCAAAGAUCUCUGUGGAUCUGCGGCAUCUGCAUGGCACACUUCUGAUUGGCUGUUGCCUUAUCCUGUCUAAUGUUGCUUUCCUGUUUUUGAGGAAUUCUGUGAUGACUAUUUUGGCAAUAAAAUGUGUAAAAAAAGAGGGAAGUGAAAUGCACCGAAAAUGCUUUAUAGUAUAUUAUUAAAAAAUGUGCAUAUGAACCUAUUAACUACUUCUAUGAAUGUCUAGGUCUACAUAUUUUAAUGUGUGUCGUUUGUGUCUGAGUACAUAUGUUGUAAAAGUCCUUCUUGAGAAUGGUUUUAUGGUGGCUGGGGUUAGAUAUGAGGUUUAGUCUGCUAUAGCCUUAUUUUCAGUGGUGCAUCUGUGCUGUGAUACUGUACGCAGCCCUCUGCAAUCUGGGGGGAUUUGGUAUUCUGCUCUCAGACCAGACUAGCAGGAUGCUCUCUGCACUGUGUGGAAAUAUAGUUUCACUGAGCCGAACCAGUGUGAUAGGAAUGAGGCUAGAAAGUGAAUGAGUGACUCAGCUUUGAUAUAUUGUCAGAUUGGGUUGGUAAGUAUAUCAAUAAACAAGUAUAUGGAUGAGAGAGCACAAAGGAGGUUUUUUUUGCUAAUACGUCAAAAGUGAAGUUAAAAAUGUUCCUCCUGACUUUCUCUCUCUCUCUUCUCUCCUCAGGGAGCGUAUGCAGCAGUCAGCCAUGUAUGACCUGUGUCUAGGCAUGAGGCAGGUGAGCCAGGAGUUUGUGCGACUGCAGCUAACCUACGACGAGUUCCUCUCCAUGAAGGUCCUUCUGCUUCUCAGCACAGGUAGGCAGUGAGCUGCAGGCCUGCAAGAGCACUUAUUUAUUAAUUCACUAUACACACCCACCUCCCUGUGACUUAUUUAUUAUAUAUACCCACUUGAAUGCUAUGCCUGCACCUUGUCCCAAACUUCCCUGCAAGCACAAAUUAAUCGUUGUGCGAGGUAAUGUCAUUUGGAAAGCAUUUAUUUAAGACAUAAAACAAAAAGUAUAUACCGCUGUGCCGCUUUGAACCACCUUCGUGCGUGGUAAGCCGCCACAUUCAGUCAACAACCACAUAUACUCACAGUCAGAAGCCUAAAUGCAGUUACUACAAAUCUGACAAACCAUCAACAUGCACCUUAAUUAAUUACCAAAUAAAAAGACCUCAAGAGGUAAGCUAACAAAUGAUUGUGGUUUAUAAAAUCAUAUCAAUCAUUUGUUAGCUGAUUAGCAAUAAAUCACCAGCAGCUAAUAUUAGAGUAACCGCAUUUGGGUGUACACCGCCGUUUGUUUGUUUUGCAUUACAGAAUAGGAAAGAGGUACAUUUGCAUCUAAAAGUAACACGAGCUAAGUAAUGGAAAUGGUGACCCGAAAUUGGCUGAAUGCGAACAUUAGCUUGUCGUGGCUGAGCUGUUGGUAACUGAUGUAGACUGUGUGUCAAGAUGGGCGACAAGAUAGCAAUCUGAGAGUGAAGUCAAACUAUUUGAGACUUCUUCUGCCGACUGGUUCCAACAGAGAUCACAAAGCUUAACUCCUCCAUGUUAAGAGAUGAGAAAUGGAUCAAACUUUAAAACCAUAAAACACUUUUUUUUUUUUCCAAAUAUGGUCAAACAUGAUAGUCAGUUAUUAUCACGAUAUUUUACAUCCAAAUAUUAGUUAUAUCAGACUAAGGCUCCGAAUGUGCGAGAUGUCAGCACCCACUGUGGGGAUUUUCGUUAUGAGAGAUAGAGACCUAGUGUGCUCCUCUGACUCCUUUGGUACCCUUUACUAUAGAGUGACCAUACGUCCUUUUUUACCCGGAUAUGUCCUCUUUUUGGGGGGCUGUCCAGCUUUGUCCAGCUUUGUCCGGGGAGUUUAUAAAAUCCUUAAAAUGUCCAGGGUUUUGUGUGGAAGUUUUGAGUUUGUGUCGAGUGGUGUAAAAAAACACUCCAUCCGACUCAAAAAACUCUCAAAAUUAACUUUGCAGGACUCCACCCCCGCGUAGUCGUGUCCUCUUUUUGGGGAUUCAGAAUAUGGUCACCCUUCUUUCUACUUUUUAUAUUUAAGAUAUAAAUAAUAUUCUUCUUAUAUCUUAUAUCUUACAUACAGUAAAGGGUGACAAAGGAGUCAUCUAAUAUGUUGUUUUACCUUGAGUUUGAGCCUGGUGUUUCUGGCUUUUUAUGCCACUGUAUCUAGAAAGUGAAUAACAGCGCAGUUGUUAUAUAAAAGCAGUAUAUUAGAUUUCCUGAAUUUCCAACCAUGCAAAGUCUGUUUUUUCUAUUUUUCUUUACAAUGAGAGGUGGCUGAGGUUUGCUUUUGAUGCUGCUUCCAGAGUAGUCCUAACAGAUGAUGCAGCAUUUUUAUUUUUUAUUUUUUAAGAUCAAGACAGCAUUUUAUCAAAGAAAUAUUUUCAGAACUGAUCUGAAUGAAUCUUACUUCUUCAAGAUAGUUUGCAAUUUUCACCAAGAUUUUUAAGCCUUCAUGCAACUUUAAACUCACAUACAGUCAGCAGUGAUGCCUUGUGUAUCCCCAAAUUAGCACCUCUCACUUUUAGCUGUGUCUGCCAUAUCAUGUACCUGUGUUUUGGCUUGAAGCGCCCAAUAUCGCCCGUAUUUGACAGCCUAAAGUCUGCCACACACAUGGGGAAUUUAUUGAUAAGGUGCCUUGUGCUCUGUUCCUUUGAGACAGCGUUGGCAGAGCUGUUAACCGCCUUCUUGGCACCCACAGUCAUUCCUUUUUUAAAGUCUGUUAGAUUAUCAUUCUUUGUAAUCCUUUUACAUGCAUAACAAGUGUGGAAAUAGACUUGAUGCUGCAUGCACCUGUUUGUGCAGCCACACGGAGUUUAUGUCUAAAAAGAAGAGCAGAGAUUUUAUUUCCUAUUCUCUAAGUGUAAGCUGCUCUGUCUUGUAUUACUUUUUUAAUUGCCCGUGGAUAAACAGAAUAUGUCUAUCACUCACUAAAUAAGGGCUCACCGUGUUGCCAAACUGCGCCCACAGGCACUGCUGCCUCGCAGUGAGGAUGUGUUGGACCAAGUUGCUCAUUUGGAAACUGAAAGCAGUUUUUCCACCAGCUCGAUGCUGUGUUUUAGCCGCUGCUGUCAGUUCAAUAGUAACAGUUAUAGAUUCCAUGAUGGCAGCUGUGUCAUAACUCCACCACCCACACCCACGUAAGAUGUACUGUAUUAAUGACAGCAUGGGGAAUCAUUUGUGUAAUUUUGUGUGUCAAUUGAUGCUAGAUAGUCAGAGAGGGAGUAAGGAUAAGGUGGGUGAGGGGGAGUUUUGGGGAGCUAUUUGAGGAGCCUGCAUGCUGGCCAAACUUCAGUCUCUUUGAACUUCAGUGCCAAUCAGUGGAAAUAUUCAUUGGCAAAGUAUUUAUUUUUCAGUUAGUGAGGCCUUUGAAAGUGGUGUGUCAGUGCUGGACUCCGAUGGUGAAAUCACAUCCUUAGUAAGCUCUUUCUGUAUCCAUUCACCACAAGCUCAUCUAUUUUACAUUUAGACAAGUGAGCAGACGGCGUUAACCAAAGUGGAAUUAAAGAACAAGCUUCAAGUUCUGCAUCAUUAACAUUAGUUUAUGGGUCACUAUGUUAGGGAUAAUGUAUUUUGAGCAGGUGAUAAAUAGAGUCCCAGCAGGGUUAGACAAGCCUGAGACACAAAGCGGAGGGGUCACCCCAGAGGGUUUCUAUUUCACAUCAUUAUCCGCUCACUGAUGAUUCUCCUGCUUAUUGUCUGACUUCCAACUAAAAAUACAAACUCAAGGUGUUGAUUUGAAAAUGAUUUUAUUGAUUAAAAACAUUUGAUGCUAAAACAAUAGUCCCACAGUUUUGAUGGUUGUUACGCUUCUGUUGCAACAGUUUUCUGAUAAUAAUAAUAAUAAUAGUGAUACAUUUUAUUUAUAACGUGCUUUUACAGGUGCUCAAAGAUGCUUUAUGAAAAAAAUAAUAAUUUAAAAUACAGAAAAUUUUAAGUAAUAAGACCAACAGUGUAGAAAGAUAAAAUAGACACAAUAUGAAAAGACAAUAAAAGAACAGUACACUGGUUAAAAGCUAAUUUUAAAAGGUGUGUUUUUAGGAGUGAUUUGAAAGUAUGGGGGUCUGUACAAUCUCUGAUGGGUUUAAGGAGUGAGUUCCAGAGGCUGGAAGUGAGUAUCAACCUACUUUGAGACUGAAUUGAAAUCAGACUUAACAAUGGCUCAAUUUUGAUCUUGUUCACUGUUAUAAACAUCAUUACGCUUAACAUGUUCAUUCAGGGUGAAGACUAAAUAUUAGUUUUAUUUUUAAUGACAUCCCUUCCAAAUGCAGGAAAUAGUAACAGCACCUCUAAAAAGGUCAUUUUCUUCAUAAUUUGUAACCCAGUUGGCUCUUUCUGUCCACUCAGUGAGUCCUCAAACACUGCUCCAUGUUGCAGUCUGUGGUUUGCUUGAUGUGUGUUUUCUUCAGUUUGGUCGAUGUCGCUUUUUACUAGUGGAAACAGUGAUUUUUAUCACAUUGUUGAAAAGAAAAAGUGAAACAAUAAACUAUAUAAAAAUGUGUCUGACUCCUCUCAGACAGCAACACUCUUGCUAUUUGGAAACUAUAAAUUCUAUAAUUGGGUUUCAAUCAAUCAGAAUCGAAUAUGUUGUAAUUGUGCAGAUUUUUUUUUUUUGCCUCAAUUUGGACAAAUUUUUGCAAUAAAAAAAUUUUGAUUGAUCUUUGAAUGUGGUCCUUUACACAGAAAUAUAAAUGCAGUUUUGCUCCCUCUAUGAGUUACUGAUAAAAAACUUAUGUGAUAUAUGUAUUUAAAUGUUUAAAACUUAAAAUAUUUUGAAAUUCAGUUUUUUGCUGUACUUACAAUAUUUCAUAGAAAUGAAGAAUGAUUCUGUCAGUGGAUUUCUAAACGUACAGUAUAACCCUGGCUAAUGGUAUAGGCUUGGUUUGGCUUCAUAGUACUGUGACAUAUGGAAGAGGCGGUCUGUGGACACAUUUGCCUGAUAUAAACUCUGGUGUUGAGUCAUCUGGAAGCAGGGGGGCACCGGCUGGACCCCAGCAAGUGGAUGUUUGGGAGGGAUGAAGAAGAGAAAGAGAGAGAAAACAUAGAGAAACCAAGAGGGAGAGAGGGAGAUUUAAAGAGAAGAAUCAGACAAAUGUUGAAACUCAGAGUCAGUGUUGGUGAGGCAGAGACAGGUGCAUAGCUAUAGGGAGAAAGACAAAAGAGACGAAGGAGGUGGGGGGUGUUGGCAGACCUGAUCCUUCUGUUGCUGUUACCUCCCUCUCCUCUUCCUCGCUGGUUCUCUGGAGGCUUUCCAGAGAGUCCUGCUGUACUUAAUAAAGGCCAGUCAAGCACCAGGCAGUGCUCCAAGACCUGCUAUUUUUCUCCACUUCCUUCAAACCUGAGCUGGAAUUUUUGACAGAGAGAGUGCGGUUAAAAGCAUGCAGAACCAAAACAAAGAAUUCGAGGUGCUUAAAGCUGCUUUGGUUAUUUGAUUCAGUCAAAAUAUAGGGGUUAAAAAUGAAGGGAGUGAAGGAGAAGCUUCAUUUUAUUAUGCAGCGGAGAAAUUCCUGCCAAUUCUAAGUGCAUAUGAUGGAGGAACUGUCCUGUGUGGGUUUGGAUUUUUUAAAGUCAUGUUUUUAAUUUAUGAUUUGUCUUUUUAAGCGCCAGUGAAGUGUCUUUUAGUUGGUUGUGUCACAGAAUAAGACCAAUACAUAUGGAUACCUUUUUAAACCAAACAAGACUGUAAGUGUUGACAUAGGUUAACUCUGUGCAGUUAUUCUCGUUGAAAUCAUCACAGCAAAGAUGUAAGAGAUACCACUUUGUCCACAGGGAGCACUAAAAGCUUCUCACAGGGGAUUUCAAAUAUCUUGGACCCUAUUUUAUUUCUUUUCCUUAACUUAAUGUUAGAAAAAUAAAGGUUAUUUUUACACUUAAAAAACAGGCAGACAGUGGCCCGUGAACCAAACUCUAACUCCAUGGUUCUUGCUAUAACAACAUGUGCAUAAGAAGAUGUUUUUUGUUAAAUGUGGUAGGUAUUCAUGCAAUUACAAAAAACAUACAUUUGGUUACAUUUGAAAAUUCAGACAUUUGUUUUGAGUCAUUACAGCCGGUUAAAGAUCCCGCUGCCGAGCUGCCACAGUCAGAUCUGUUUCAUUGUUAACAUUUAACCCUUGAUGGCCUGACACUGCAGGCUGAAGACAAUGUGCUCCACAGUAUUUUGGAGGGACGUUAUUUUUCAGCAGCUCUUGUAAAUAAUUGCAACUCAAGGUAAUAUUAGGAGCUCUUUCUUUGUAACAGUCAUUCAGUGCUAAUGCUUCGGCCUUGUUGGAAGCAGCAGUGGUAGAAAUGUUUACAGAGGAGUUGUCAGAACUUGUCAGCAGAGCGAGUGCUAUGGAGUCACUGUGUGUGUGCGCGCGCCUUUGGGCUGGUUUUGAAGAUGUAUGUGUGUGUCGUGGUGAACAAGUGAAAUGGAGAGAUAGAAGGGAAGAGGAAGAGAGAGAGAGAGAGGGAUAAAGAGAAAAGAGAGAGGCGCUGUUAUUCUCCCUCUGACCUUGGCUAAGGUUUCACUGAGCCUGCGGUGUCUCAUGACCCUGUUUAGAUUUGGUUCGGGAGCAGCGGCCUGCUCAUACCAGUUACACUCCUCACCUCAUACGCAGACACACACAUAGUAUUGCUGGAUCAUCUCAUUCACUUGCUCUCUCACCAAACUAUCAUCCCUGUUCAGCCUCAUUCCUAACAUGAUGCGUGUACCAUGUGUGCACCGCGAUCAGGUGAUGGGUGCAUUUCGUGGGACCGUUUUAACAGUUCAGUCACGUAUCAGCUCGAUAAUUGCUUUCCAUUACGAAAGAAAUCAGAUAAUUUACAUUCCAUCCAGUUAUUAGUGGUUUGUGUACAAAAAUAGAAUUUCCUGUUCGACAACCCCCUAAAGCUUCCCUAAGAUGUUACUGUAACCAUGUUCAGGAUGUCGUUGGAACAGUAACAGGUUUUUAUAGCCCUGUCAGUAAGGUAUUUACCAACAACCCCGAGCAGGGAGCAGCAUGUCUUUGAACCACAAAACAGCAUCUCUAGAUACGUCUGCCACUCAUGUCUAACUUUCCUGUCCUUCUGUACACAUAAUAAUGCAAAUGCACUCUGACAAUAACACAAAGUUGAAAAACGGUUGUAUCCAACUGAAGCGGGAGAUCUGUUUGGCAUUGUUUGUGGUCGCAUAAAUGCCCUAUUUUGGGGGUUGCUCAUGUUCACAGCCCUUAAAUGAAAGGCCAGUUUCUAAUCAGGGCCAAUGUGGGUCAGUGGGAGAAAGACAAAAGGUCCAAAUGUGGCCUGAGGUUUUAGCACAUUCUCAUCAAGUCGGCCAUGAACCACGAGCAAAGAAAUCCCAACCACCACCACAGCGGGGUUCAGUGUUUUUGUCUCGCUGUUUUCACCAGCCUUGUGAGUGUCAUGCUGGAAGGUGUCUCAGCGUUAAAGUAAAAUGAGGAUAAAUAUAUGCAGACCAGAAUGAGAGAGGUGUGAUUAAGGCACAUAAGCACACAUUCUCUGAGCGUUUGUCCUGGAUUAGCUGUUACAGAAAAGAUGCAGCACCAAUGAUUAACAAGCGGGCUCAUGAAGUUUCUUUCUGCAGAACUCCAACAAGUCCAGUCAGUUCCUGUUUUUUGAUACAGGUGAAUAAAGUAGAUCAAUCAAUAAAUCAAUCAAAUUUUAUUUAUAUAGCGCUAAUUCACAACAGUCGUCAUCUCAAGGCGCCUUCCAAAGAAAAAGAGCAGGUCUAGACCACGCUCAUUGUUUGAUGAAUUGAGUUGAUGUGACUUGUUUUCAUUGAAAACUAAGGGAUCUGCAUGUAUGAGUCUGUAAAGAUGUCAAAUUCUGUUAUGUUUCAAUAUAAAAGUUUACGGUAGCAUCACCGCGUGCUCUGAGUAUAGAGGAGUCUGGUGACUGUGCGCUCCAUGAAGACGAUAAAUUAUUCACCCUGUGUUGAUAUAUGCUACUGGAAUCUUGUUUGGCUUUACUGUUGUUGAUAAAUGACUUACAGCGUUUUUUCAGAAGUGAACCACGCUACAUGUGCUUCAAGAACUUGUUUUGGAACAAUUACCCCAACACGAAAAAUCACGGUCAAAGUUGUCUCACCUACUAAUUUAUUCUCAAUUUUUACGAUAAAAAAAUAAAGUAAAAAUACCAACCAGAAAAGAAGGUGAAAUUAUGUUCCUGUCAAUUGACGAAGAGAAUAAUUAUACAUUGCAGCUCACUUGCAGCAACAAAGAAAGCAUCUUUCUUGAUAAUAAUUUACCCCAAAACAGGAGUAGGUGAUAUAUUUUUUAGUUUUGCACUUAACUUUGCUGGCAGUUUCUAAUAUUUUUACGCGCAAAUAGUUUCGCCAAGUCAAUUCUGCGAAUUUUAGCCUUUCCCUUAAAUAACCUAAUUCUCCCUCAGAUGUUUAAGGCGUAGCUCCCUUGGUAUGAAUAUGCCUGAUAUCUGUCAAACUCACUAUGUGUCAUGGUAUGCAGCAUAAUAUCUGCUGGCUGGAGGACACCAGGGGGUGUGUCCCUUAGACUGAUUUGAGUUGCACACAGUGAGAGGUGAGGUGUUUCUUAAUGUGGAAUCCAGCAGCUGAAUGUCAUCUCACAGCUUUGGCAAACUUCCAUAUCUGUGACUUUGUUCUCCCGCACAGAGACAGAGAAAGAGUGAGAGAAAAUUGUAGUCUGAUGCAUUCUCCCAGCGCAGCUCCUUUCUCAAAUCUGUCUAAAUCUCUCUUAUUAAAGCUCUUUUAUAUUUUGAGUGCACUGUUGCUGACAUCCUAGUCAUCAUAAUGUGAAGAAUGGGAGGUUGCAGAGUCAUUUAGCAGCUUUAGUGAUUCAGUGAGCAACUUGAUAAAUGCUGUUGACAAAACGAUUUAUCUCCUUUUAAUACACCUGAGCUUUGUUGUUCUUUUUAUGUGGCCGACAUUUCCUCAAUAACUUUGAAUCAAUGUAUCAGCGGUCUUUCAUGAAUCAGCGGCAGCACAUGACUAAUUACCUCUUGAAAUGGUCAAAGUGGUUGUAAUGAGUUGCUAAAUAGGUUCAGGCCAUCAACACAGGAGAAAAUGUCCAAAAAAAAGGCUGCUGUGUGAGAGAGAGAGAGUGUGUAACUCACUGAGUACCUUUAAUUACCCUUCACACAGAUACACGUUUCUGCAUUUAAGGAGUACUGGUGAUUGUGCACGGCUCAGCCUGUCAAGUGUAACUGCUGUACAGAUACUAACUAUCCUCUAAAGUGUGGUAUUGUUAUAGUACUUAAAUAUACAAGGUCACACACACAUAUUCAUACAUUUAUCUUGUGUUUUUAUGGUAGAAAAAAUUAAAGAGUUCGAGACUUUUCUGAGAAAGAUUAAAGGAGUUGGUAAUUUCAUAGCCUGUAAAUCUUUGGGACUGACUUUAAUACGUGUUUGAAAAAAUAAUCUAUUCAUUUUUUUCUCUUUUUCUGUGUUAAUUAAAUCCCUUUGUUUAAAGUUGCAUUCUGGCUACAGGAAAAGUAUUUUAUAAAAAUAUUUUAACUUUUAGUUGUCUGAAUCUUGCCUUUUUUUAUUUUUUAACAGAGCCUAUUGAAAUCUAAUUAAUUCAUUUUCUCUUUUGGUCCAAUGAGUUUUAUUGAAUUCAGAACUAAGUCUGGGGUUUCUUGAUAAUUAGUAGUUCUUACAUUAACUGUAAUUACAUAAAACAAUAAAGACAUUAAUUAAGACAUUUAACAGCCAACCAUAAACUGGUUUACAUUUUAAAAGAAUAUUGUUAUAUAUAUCAACGCAUCAGAACAAGAGAUGAGGAUUAUUUUGGUGUUUGUGACUGAAUGUUCAAAAUUAAACUAUUUCACCUUUUUAAUGUGUUAUUGUUAUUAUUAUGAUUUUUAUUAUUGUUGUUGUUCUUACUAUUAUUAUUAUUAUUAUUAUUAUUAUUAUUAUGAUUUUUGUUGUUGUUGUUGUUGUUGUUGCUGUUGGUGGUGGUGGUAUUUUUAGUAUUCUUCUUAUUUCUUUUUUUUAUUAUCAUAAUUGUUGUUGUUUUUAUUGUUUUUAUCAUACUAUUAUUAUUUUAUUAUAUUAUUUUUUUUAUAUAUAUAUAUAUAUGUAUUUUUUAUUGUUAUUAUUAUAAUGGAUCAGGUCCCUGUACUUAUCAGAUAAAUGCAUGCUGAAAUCUAAUGUUGCUUCAGUUUUAUGUGAACUUCUAUUCAUUUAAUCCAUUCGAUGACAGAAGUGUCUCUCUGUUUCCAGUUCCCAAAGAGGGUCUGAAGAACCAAGCGGCAUUCGAGGAGAUGAGGGUUAAUUACAUCAAGGAGCUCCGGCGUUCGGUGGGAAAAGCAACCAACAACUCUGGCCAGACCUGGCAGCGCUUCUUCCAGCUCACCAAGCUACUGGACGCCAUGCAUGAUGUAAGUCCCCUCAUCUUGUCUGCCUCCCAUGCCAAUCGCCUACAGUACAGUACACAGGCACAGGCUUACCCUGGCAGCCUGUCGGUAUGCCAUGCCUUCACACAGGCAGAGAGGUGUCCAGUGGCAUUUUUGGGCCUCCAACAUCACUGGAUUUGAAUAAAAUGGCAGCAUAGUGAAUUUGGACGAUGCAUUUACUUAGCAGUUCAAUAGCGCUGGGGCUUGGAUUAAAGCUUACUGCAUCCCAAUCACUCCCUGCGGGGAUGGUUAUUUUGGAAAGAGGCGGUGACCGGCCUGUAUCGGUGGAUGGAACAGAAGGGGAUCAAUGUGUGUGGCACAGUGGUCGCUGCAGCAAAUGUGCUAAAUCACUGUUCUGUUUGUACGCAGGGGUCAACUGGUAUGUGGCGUAACCACAGUGUAGUUUCAGCUCAAAGAAAUGACAGCCAGCAAGCGAGAGGUCACAAAGAUAAAUCACCAAAAUCCAUUGACCCCAAUGACUGAGUGAAUGGGGUCAGUGCUGAAAGGAUGACCCUACUUUAAAUGAGGGCUGUGCUGAAACAAUCAGUGCUGCCCUCAAGUGGUGAGAGCAGAUGAGCUGCUGGGAAGGGGAGUGUGCCCCAACAGAGUAGGAACAAACUUAGAGGCUAGGAUGCUGGAUUUUUUUAAAUCAAGAUCCAUGGGGAGAUUUUUUUUUUUCUGUUUGUUUUUUUUUUUUUUUGUAAAGGUGAGUUAUUGAUGUCUAGAUUUACUUUGACAUCCAAGCAAACAACCUUUUUUUGUGUGUGUGUUUUACCAUAUAUUUAUGCGCCACUUUGUUUGAGAAAUCUCCCAAUUUGCACAAAAGUAAACAGAGUUUAGACAAAUAAAUAAUCAAAAUAGUAGCCGGAUGGUCUUCCUCACAGAAAUUAUACUCUACAGCCCAAAUAAAACCAACAUUUUUCUUAUUUUCCUGAGUCUGUCAACCUCAUUCACUUCAAUCACUUGGCCUCAUGGAUCUUUAGAUUGCCCGACAAAUAACUAGUCCUGUUGUUUGUAAUUUAAGAUUUGAAAAAAUUGAGGAUGGAGUUUGGGGAUAUUUUUCUUUUUUUCUUUAUUUAUUUAUUUUUCAAAAAAGCAGUUGUAUGGACUGUAUCUUUCUUAAAUUUUGACUGACUUUUGAAGUGUGUACCACCUCCAGAACUGGAAAACACCUCUUAAAUACAUAAGCUGUUAUUGAUCCAUUUUCCUAUCAUUUCAAAAUUAUUCAUUUAUAGGGAUUUAUGGUCUUAUUGUUCUUUUUUUAAACCUAAUAUGAACAAUAAUAUUGUAUAAAAAGUCAUUACAAAGAUACAUUAAUGAUACAACUUCAGUGUGUUUCUUAUUAAAUCCUGUGCUUGUGUUGUGCAGCUGGUGGGGAACCUACUGGACUUCUGUUUCUACACCUUUCGUGAAUCCCAGUCCUUGAAGGUGGAGUUCCCUGAGAUGUUGGUGGAGAUCAUCAGUGACCAGAUACCAAAGGUGGAGUCAGGCCUCACUCACACAAUCUACUUCCACAAGAAGUGACUCACGUAACACUUUGGACAGAUGCUGUUGUUCAGAACUGGAAGAGAAGAAGAAGAAGAGAAAGGUUUGCCAGUCUAGAGGUGGAAACUUGCAAGGAAGGCCUGUUCCAGUUGGCCUGCACCCUGUCGCCCAGUGUGCCAGCGUCCUCGUCUCGGAUGGGAAGGUUAAGCUGCGUGGUGACAGAAGAAAAAGGGCCAGAUUGAUGUGACCCUGCAGUCAACAUGCGCAGGUCAGAGCUGUCAAUAGUUCAUUGAGGAGAGCACGACAUGGUCAAGGAAGGACUUGUGACAAAUGUGACAAAGCACCCCGAAGUACCCCCCUGUGUCCCGCCCCCCCAAAGACGAUAACAGUAUUUUCUAUGGAGAUAAAGCCAUACAUUUCUUAGGAUGCGCUAGAUACAUUCACUGCACACACACUUACACACACACACAAACACACACACACAGAAAGAGGGAAAUUGACACGUGCUCUCCACAUGCCUUCACAUAAACGCACAGAUGCACUCCACAUGCACUAAAAUCAGAUUCCCUUUCUAAUCUAGAGAGAAAAAGUCUUUGCAAAUAUUAACUGUGGCUUAUGCAGUUUUUAAAAGUAAUAGCACUAUGAAAAAAUAACAGUAUACCAGUACUUAGAAUUUGCUUUGCAGUGUAGCAACAUACUGCGAGAGUACAGGGCAAAGAAGAUAAAGAGGCGGCACAGAAAUACUAGACUGUAAGGCGAAAGGUCUAUUUGAAUCUAUAUUUAAAGGGCUAUACAAGCGUCAUCAUAAGCUGAGUAAAUGCUAACGAGUCCUAGUUUGAAUUUCAAUCAGUGUCAUAACAGCCAUCUUCAACAUUAACAUGCUGAGUUUUUUAAAUCGAAUAUGUAGUAAAACAAUCAAAACUAAUAUGCAAAAGUCCAAAGCUAACAUAAAAAUGUCUCUCUUGUGUAGAGAAAGCUUGCACGUGAAGCUACCAUGUCAUAAAGUCACCAUUUUAGGCAUUGUGGUGUAGAAUUAAGACAACAUUGAUGAGUUACCUUUUUGCAAAAAUGGCCAGGAGUGCUGCGGGAUUGGAAAACAUCAUGCUUUUACGGAAACAAUUUCAGUGGAGUCCGCUGGUAAUGGAUUUGACUGAGGUGCAUCCAUAGUAAUUGUGUUUUGUGUUAUCUCCAGAGCAGCUGUCCAAAUGUCUGUUUUUACUCACAAUGAAGCAAAACCAGCCCUUUGUGAACCAACACUUAUCUACUAUUCCCAGAAAUAAUAAAAAAAGCAUUUUAUAAAAGUGUGUUGCAAAGGUUUAGUUUUUGACAAGCCAGUCAUUUUACAUUAAGGUGCUUCAUUUCUACAAAAAAAAAAAAAACAGGCAAAACAUAACAUGUACAGUAACUCGUAGACCGUCCUGACAAUACGUUGUGUAUAGGGACACACAGUUUAAACACACAUACUCUGUAAAGUUGAUAUAAUCCCAAAUGGAGCAUUAAUCUGCAGUGCUUACAGCAAACGGCUAAUGUAUCAAAACCAGGCAAAUGUGUACAGGUAUUAACAACUUCUUACACACAUUCUCUUCAGCUGUUGUACAGACCAUGUUUUGAGGUACAUGUUGACGAAUGCUUGAUGAAGAACUGUUGCUAUGUUCACCUUUCCUAAUUUCUUUGGGCUGUACUCUACUUUUUUUUUUUUAAGUUAGGCAGGCCCAGUCAUCUGGACCAUUACGUUUUCUCACACCUCACUUGUUUCUGGGUAGUUGUGGAACACUACUAUGAUGCUACUGAAAAGCGAUGGAGCCGCUGGGGAAGAAAAACAGUGGAGGCGUGUGAUUAUUAUUAUUAUUUUGUGCCCUGUGAGUGUGUAUUUUACAUGUGUGAAUGGAGCAUAAGUUUAUAUGUGUGUGUUUUUAUUUUCCUGGCGAGCAUGUGCAUCGUUGAUCUGCUCUUUCAGUGUGGGUAUUAUGCAUUUAUGUUAUAGGAUUAGCCGUAUCCUAUUUCCACAUUUAGAUUUGCACAGAGGAGAUACAAUGUGAAAUGAGGCAUUAGUGCAGCUAGCGGGGAAUUGUCUGUUUUGAUAAGCAACUGUGAUGAUGCGGGGAAAAAGACUUUCUGCAUGGUCACCCAGCCUAAAGUUAGACAACAUGACAUCACUAGCACAGCGGGGUGCUGGUGGGUUGUAUUUGUGGCUACAGCACGUCACAACGGUGGAGCUGUGCUACAUAAUGAGGUCUCUUCUGUGGUGUUAAUUGUGAAAUGACUGGUGUACAAAUGGAUGUGAAAGUGGCAUGAUCGCGACUGUCUUAAGGGACUGUGUGAAAGUUAUUCAGGCGCUUCAGAGAUGGUGAAUAUGUAUUUUUAAUUUUUGCACAUGGGAGGGUUAUCUAUUUUUGUAAGGGGGAGUAGAGAAGAGUUUUUGAACCUCUCUGCUUCCCUUACUGUGCAUCUUUUAUUCAUUUAAGGGUAAAAAUAACCAUUUGAAAGUACGGUAUCAGGCUCUGAUGCAUUCAUUACCCCAUUUUCUGUACCCAACAAACUGGUUAAAUAGAUAGUUAAUUUACAGUGACAAUAUAGUCCUAAAUUCCAAUUUUAGUCUUUGCUGUAGAUCCGAUAAUAGCCAAGUGAUAUCCGGUAAAAUAUAAAUUCCUGCCAAUUUUCAGACAGUCCCUUAGCAGAAAGGCCUCAUUUUACAGUCCAUCAUUGUUGUGCUAAAGUUUUGAAGGACCCUACAGCUAAAUCUCUCACUGUUUUCUUUAUUUCCCCCCUUUUUUGUCCUUUUUAAGGAAUAAAAUAACUGUCUAAAGGUUCAUAGAAUGAAUGGGAAAGUAUUUUUGAGAGAAUUAUAUUUUGCUGGAAAACAAUAUUUAAGUACUUUGUCUAAAAAUGAUAUCCUUUUUGUAAAAUGAAAUGUUAAUGCAUGCUUUUUGAUGAGAUGUUUACAUUGUAUUUAAAAAAAGGGAAACUUGUGCCUUUUUAUCUCACCUGAUUUACAAUUUUACAGUAUAUAUUGUAAAUAAUACAACAAGUCCUUAUGUUGAGUAUAGUAUAAAACAUUUCUACUUUUAACCAUCUUGUUGGAAUAUUGGAAAAAUGUGUGUUUCCCCACUCGCCAUGUUCUGUGUGUCAGAUCACAGAGGAAGAAUGAACAGUAAGGGUGCCAGAAAGGGCCAAAUAGAGAACUGAAUGUAUCAUACGAUGUGAGAGAUUUAUGGAACUUACUACCUGAAUGUUAGAGAGAGUACAUUUAUUAUCUUCUUGAGUAAAGUUCUUUUAUUUUGCACCUUUAUUUUUUUUAACUUUUUGCAUCAUUGUUUAAGUGGCUCAAACAAAACAAAAAAGAGUAAUAAUCAAAAAAGUAUUUCUGAUUUUGUAAAGAGAUGUAUCAAGUGAUGGAUCCUUGAGUUGUUGUUGUUGAAAUGAUUUCCUAACUCAUGGCGGUAUUGUUGACGAGCACCAUAAUAAAACCAAGAAAUCACAAACUACUGAAAGUGGGAUAUGUGAGAGAAAGUGUUGAACUUUUCAAAUUUUGAAUGCUAAUGCACAAAAAGUGACGGAGAGACUGAUGACCUGAGGUUUGACCUCAAAUUUGACCUUGAUUUAACCAGUUAUGAACUGGACAUUUUGCACUAACUGCCAAAAUAAGUUUCAAUCAUAGGAGAAACAUAUUUGUCCCAAAGAAUGGAUACAAUGAAAUCUGAUGAACAGUUUUUUAAACUUGUACAUGAAGCGCUUGUGCGACCUUUCUGCACUCCAGAUAUCCAGGCUUUGACUGUUGGCUGUUGAGUUGAUACUUAUGUUAUCUUUAAAGGGUUAAGUUAACAUUUCUGGAAACGUAACUACAGUUUCUGCCAGGAGUUGGAAGAGGAGAUUGAUGCUACAGUUGUCACUUUUGUUGAGGUUAAGCUACAGCCCUGGGACAGUUAGCUUAGCUUCGUUGGAAAUAAAGGGUAACAAGCUAGCCUGGCUAGAUUCACUUCUUAGCACUUCUUAUGCUGAAUUAUGAACAAGCAUCUAGAGUAUUUGAUUCAUUGGUACACAGACGCAUAAAUAUGGCAAGCCCUAGUUUUAUAACCAUAAAAGGUUCGCCCAGCCUUCUAUCCUAACUUGUCGCUGCGCUAUAGGCUAAAUGCACAAUUCAUUAGGCUAACCAUUUGUUACUUACUUAUCGUUUUUUGGUAAGAAUUGAACAAGUAAAGAAGAGUUUAAGGGCCAGAGGUGAGAAAAUAAUAAAUCAAGAAGUUCUCUAACUUGAGGUCACCUAUUUUUCCUUUAAGCUGUUUAAGAAUGUAGCUAAAAUGUUUAAAAUCAGCCCUCUCCUCUUUCCUUUGUCAUUAUAUGGAUAUCAGAAAAAAUACUAAUAAAUGCUUUUUAAGACCCUGAUCUGGUAAAAACAGUGACGAAUUCGGCACUACAGCAUUUUGCAUAAACAAACUUAUCUGUGGACCCUCUUCUAAAAAUUGUAAUUUAACUUUUUUUUACAGAAUUACCCUUUUAGAUGAAAUUACAUUUCCUCAGUUUUCCCCAAAAUUUUACUUUAUUUUACUGAAAUUUUUUCUCUUGAAGUAAGUCAUGACAGAAAAUGUUAGAUUUUGUAGAUAUUGUAGCAGAACCAGGCUAGAUAUUUUUCCUUCCUACAGUCUAACUGGACCCUUGCUGUACCUUAACAGUUUCUCAGUGACAUUAAGGGAAUAUUAAUCUUCUCAUCUAACUGUCAAAAAAAGUUUUUGUGUUUGUUUUUUUUUUUCCCGUAUGCUGAACAAAACAAAAGACAUUUCUCGUUUUAUCCUCCAGCAACAAACUCUAAGAUAAAAAAUAAUUUCCUCUACGUAAGAGAGCUGAGCAGCUGCCCCGCUCUCGUUGAGCUCCUCUUAGGCAUGAAAGACUCAGAAUGUGUUCUACUGCUGUUCACCGUACACUAUUGCGUCACUGUAUGUGGAGUCAAGUCAUUGCCAUUUUCUUUUCACGGUGAUGAAUCGGGUGCAGAGAGACUAAGCCAUAUCUCCACAGCCAUGGCAGUGCAUUUUAUCUUAAUAUAUAGACAUACACAGAUGCUUUUUUUCCAAUUCCAAAAAUGACUUUUUACUCAGAUGCUUUGUACAAUAUUUCUCAGCAACUAUCCAGCAAACAAACAGUAGACAUCCUUCAACAUAAACCUACAAUACAUCUUUGAACCUGUUACUACUGUAUAUCUUGAUGCAGAUAUUGCCAUACUUGUGUUUGCAAAACUAUUGCAAGAUUCUAAUAAAACUGUUAAACUGAUGAAGUGGUGUGGGGUCUCUUUGUCUAUGUAGGUCUAUGUAUAGGCUGCGUGUGAAAGAAAGUGUGUGCAAUAAAAAUUGUACCAACAGACAGAAGCUAGGAACCAUGCCCUAAAAAUGGGCUGUUUGAUCUGCGUGAAUUCGAAACAGCUGCAUUUGGUGGCUGGGGAGGAUAAUGAGCCAAAAAACACAGAGUUAGCGUGGAAAAACAGAAAUGAUGUGGAGCAGCAGCAGGUAGAGCCGUCACGGGGAGAAGAGAUGAAGGGAAUGGAGACAAAGGGAAAGGGAAGAGAGUAAAAGAAUGACAGAGAUAAAGCGUGCGAGGAUGAGACUUUUACAGUAAAACGGCGCCUGUGGAGAAAAAUCACCAUUAACCUUGUUAAAAGCUGAUCUGAAAAUACGCCUGCUUUGCCAGACUGUAGAGCAGACAGUAUUACUUUUUUUGCUCAUUUUUUCUCUCUCUCUGAAUCCACAGCCCUCUCCAAAUCUCCCCCAGAUUUCCAAUUGCUUUCACUUGUAGUCGUGCCAGAUAAACAGAAUCUAUUGGAUCAGGCUGAUUUCACGGCUGCGCCCGCGCACAUGGCGGCUUCUGUGGCUCACUCUUUUGAGUUGAAGCUUUUUUCCCCCUCCACACUUUCUCAUUUAUGUUUGAAAAUCACUUUUCUUCAAAUUCUUACAAAGUUUUCCCCCCUAAUAAUGCAUCAAGACUUAUUGUGAUUACUUCCCAGAGAAGGAAUUUGUUAAAAGAGCCGACUGAAGACACAUGAAUAUGUGAAGUUAGCACCAAAUUUGUAUUUCAGAGACUUUUUUUUUUUGCAGCACUGAGCUGCGUCACCUCCUCGUAGUUUAAGGUAAAAUGCUGUAAGCUUUGAUCUAAGCUGAGUCAUGGUGAGGAACAAUGUUUUGGGGCUGAAGGACACUGCGUCAUGGAGAGGCAGAGGACAGCUGGCACACCGCCAGGGCUCUGGGAAAUGAAAAAUGAAAACGUCCAUUUGGAUUUUUAUUCACCUUACACACCUUUAUUGAGUUUAAAUUGACAGUUACACAUACAUCAUCCGAGAGUAGGAGACAGGGAUGCAUAAUGUAUGCAGAGACACAGGAAUCUCAGGCAGCAAGGAGGCCUUCAGUAUGAAUCUGACCCACCCAGAUUAAUGCAUCGUCUUCUCAGGUUUUGGGGGAAAUAAUAGUUCAGAAAUAUGAGUUGCUGACUGGUUGCGUAACAAAUCACUAUUAGAGCACUGGAAAAACAGCGGAAGAGGAAGAAGUAAGGUAGCAGAGACAACGCUUGGGUUUUAAAUACUCCUGAGACACAGACAGGUAGGCAGGAGGAAGAGGAUGGCAGAUAGAGCCACAUGGCAUGCUUUCUGACAGACAGUCCAAAGCAGAGUGAGAGGCAGGCGGGUGGAUGUCUAUAUGAUUCAGCAGUAUUCUGGCAGGGGGAAGAUGAUGAUGAUGAAGAGCCCCCGGGGGUGGGUUGUGGGGGUUGAUAGAGGGGGAAUAUUUUGCCCGUCUCAUUAGCUGUGCCUCAUUUCAUUAUGUAACCAUCAGGUCUGAGGAAAAGGACAUUUUUGUGACACUGAAACACAGCUCCAACCACUGAUGUUAUCGAGGUGCAGUAUGAUGUCUUUCAGUUUGUGCUUCUAAACGGGCCAUCAGCACACUUACUGGAGGUGCUGGUGAGUGAGGCCAAACAGACUGGUCUGAAGGGCAUUUUUCAUAUUAAUUAUAAAGAUGUAGUUCAAGAAUUAACAUGUGAGGCCCUGAUGUUAAAGAUAAGGGAGACAGGUGGAUAAGAGCGUGUUUCCUCAGUGAAAAAUUGAGCUUUGAUUCAGAUGGAUCAUUGGAGGUCAGCAUACAAAGGAGAAUAAAGCCUAACCUCAUCACCUAGUUUCCUAUGAGACUAUGUGCAAAAUAUUUGUGGUUUCUUACUGAUAACAUCAUCCUGAAAGUCACAUGAUCAAAUUUUUUUGUUUCUUUAGGAGAGAUAAGGAAGGAAAACAGUAAUCUGGUAGGAAAGGGCACAACACAUGUCAAAGUGUAGCUGAGAGGAUCAGAGUUAUGUGCUUCCCAGUUGCAUAAUAAAAGGCUUUUUUU